GGAAGCUCCUGUUACGCAUGCGCUGAAGUCUCUCGCCUGGUGGUGUAACCUAGCAACGGGAGAAGCCGGACGCGUUAGGAAAAGAUUGAGGUGACGGGCGUUGUGGGUUCUUGGGAACGCAGCUACCCGUGUAAACAGUAGCGUACAGAUCUUGCUGAACUGGUGAGGCUUUCCGGGCCAAGGCUGGGCUGGGAAGCCGUCUAAGGCAAGGAAAAGGACGGCUGUUUGUUCACGGGUAACAGUUGAUGAAUCCUGUGGGUUUUACUGGCAACUGUUUUAUUAAUUUUGCAAACAAACAAAAAACAAAAAAAAGCAAAAGCAAGCAAGCAUAUGAAUAAGAUAAAUUGAUUUUAAACGGGAUGGGGGUAUUCAUUGUGUUUAGAGAUUCACGCACACACGUGUAACAACAACGUGCAUACUCUUCCAGAAAAGGCGUUUCCCCUCUGAGCGAGGGGGAAGGGGAGGGGGAGGGAGAAAGAAGGAAAUUGCUUUUUUAAAGAAAGGUUUCCUUUUUGCAAGUAUUCAAAUGUUUUAUGUUUGUUUCAGAACUUAUAUACCGCUCCACAUGAAAAUAAUACCCAAGCAGAACACACACACACACACACACACACACACACACACUGUCAUAUAAAUCAUAGGGCAAUGUAAAAGCAUGAAGUCAAGAAAAAAAUAAAAGCUGAAGGAUUAGAAUGGACUAUUUUCAGUUAGCUCAGUUGGUUAGAGCAUGGUGCUGUUAAUGACAAGUUGCAGGUUCGAUCCCCAUAGUGGCCACCUGCAUAUUCUUGCAUUGCAGGGGGGUGGACCAGAUGACCAUUGAGGUCCCUUCCAACUCCACAAUUCUAUGAUUUUAUUUAAUAUAUUUCGGAUAACUCUUUAGCCCAAUCCCAGGAAUGGUUUCACAGAAGAAGUAUGAGUGCAACUGAACAUAGAAGCAGCAACUCUGCUUGUGCUGGCAGGACAGAGAUGAGUAGGGAGGUGUUUUUCCCCACAUUUUGGACACAUUUAAAGCACUAUUUUAAAUGGUACCAUUUUAAACAGCCAUGGCUUCCUACAAAGAAUUCUUGGAGCUGUUGUUAAGGAUUCGGACAGUUGUUUGGAGGCUCCUAUUUCCUUCCCAGAGCUACAAUUCUGAGUUCCCUGUGAGAGGGAUUGACUGUUCCGCUUCUCGACUUUUUUGAUCCUGUAUCUCCACAUCCCAUUUGACCCUAAUCCCAUUUAAAACAAAAACCAAAACCUGCCACUGGGGAAGAAUGAGUGGGACCACAUGAGCUUUGAUCAAUUUUGAUUAUACUCUGGGCAGCUCAACUAGGUUUUUUUCUUGACUUCACUAGGCUCACUGUGCCACAUCUGAGGAUUUUGUGCUUUACUUGCUUUGCUCUUUAUUAUCAUAUAUGUUUUUCCCUUUUCCAUAUUUGAGAGCUAAUAUUCUCCCUGCCAACAUUGUAGGUAGGGAUAGUUCUGUCUCUCAGGGAACAUCUCCGCUGUAGCUGCAUAAUGAGCCUUGCUUUAAUGAAGAGCAGCUUAGCCAAAACUAUAUGAGGAAAGAAGCAAGGAAUAUACCGACUUACGGAGGAGGAUUUCAGAGGAUUUAGAAAGUAAUUCAGUUCUGAAGUGUACAUUUUUCCAGUUCCUAACAAAUCAGUUGAGGUCAGUUGUGUUACAAUUUCAUGCUGUCAUCUUUGCCACUCAAGGCUGCCCCUGCAUUUGAAAAGGGUGUCCAGGGCAGGAAAGACAGGUUUUAAAAUAAGAGUGAUGCAGUGCAGGCAUUAGUAAUAUGGACUGGCACAGGAGUGACUGACUGCUUGGGUAGGGAUGCCGCAUCUGUUGGAGUAGCUCUCAGAUUUUAUUCAUGAACGUUAAUUAAUUAUUUGAGCAGUUGUUUUAAGCUACCUGUUGUCAAGCACUGAACUUCAAGGGGUGGAGGAAGAAAGAGGCUAAACAGUGAGACCUGCUUUAUGCUGAAAUUGACCAUUGCUCCAUCUAACGCAACACUGCCUACUCUGAUUAGUAGACACUUUCCAAGGCACAGAAAAGUAUUUUGCCAUCCUGCAAGCUGAUAUCAUUUUAACCCAAGACAAGAAGGGCUUGAAAUGGGAUCUUUUACAUAUAAAAUAUAUGCUGUGCCAUUGGCCUGAGCAAACAAAGACCACCACUGCUUUGGUUACCAGAACCUUCCUUGUUAGCAGGAACUUCCCUUUCCUUGGAUCUGUCCGAAUACUAUCAAAUAUAUACAUGUGUGUACUUGUAUAGUAUCAUUGAUGUUUUGCUCUGUAAAGUGCCAGGUAUAAGAAACCAGAUCUCAGUCCUAAAGAGCUUAAAAACUAAAUACAACAGUGGACAUGAACAGAGGAAGGAAAAGGAGGGGCAGUUGUAAUAGGGGAUGAAAUCUUCUUAUAAUCUUAAUUAAAGGUAAAGGUACCCCUGACCAUUAGGUCCAGUCGCCGACGACUCUGGGGUUGCAGCGCUCAUCUCGCUUUAUUGGCCGAGGGAGCCAGCGUACAGCUUCCAGGUCAUGUUGCCAGCAUGACUAAGCCACUUCUGGCGAACCAGAGCAGAGCACGGAAACACCAUUUACCUUCCCGCCGGAGCGGUACCUAUUUAUCUACUUGCACUUUGAGGUGCUUUCGAACUGCUAGGUUGGCAGGAGCAGGGACCGAGCAACGGGAGCUCACCCCGUUGCAGGGAUUUGAACCGCCGACCUUCUGAUUGGCAAGUCCUAGGCUCUGUGGUUUAACCCACAGCACCACCUGCGUCCAUUCCCUUAAUUAGGUGUUGCUAAUGCCUAAUCAAUUAGGAUUGACAAGGCAGUUGCCAAUCAGACCGAAAAGUUAUUAUUCACCCAUUGUGCUUCAUUGUUCCUUAUACACCAUGGCACUCUGAUAGUCAUCCGCAAGGCACUCCUUUCACAGAAAAGAUUUUAGCUGGAGUGUGGCUGCCCUAUGCUCUGACUGAGUUCUGACUGGGUCCAAUCCCUGUUAAUGUUAUUGACAGAAGUUAGAUGGGCCUUAAUAACAAGUCCAAGUAUUCUUCCAUGCUUGAUAUCUUUUGAUUAAUUUAUUCCUCUUGUGUCUUGGACAACUUUGAUACCCCUCUAACUCUUCAGGAGAUACACUUAACUGGUGUUAAGGAAGGGGUCUUAAGAGUUCUGAUGAUAAAUGUAGCAACCAGGAGGGAAGCUUGCUUGUUAGCGAUUUGAAGCAAUGGACUUGCACUUUGAUGAAAGGAGUAGGAGUGAAAACAGCCACUUCCUAGUCGUAUGUAUUUAUUGAUUUAACAACAUCAAAAUAUAAUUCCAUGUUACCUAACACUGGGGGUGAGUUUUUAUUUUAAUCAAGCAAGUAUCUAUUAGAGUUUAAACCAACUAAGUGGUACACGUGAGUGGUUGCAUUACCCUGCUUUUCAACGGCACCUGAAAUAGGUAUCUUUCUGCUUGUUUCUGCAGCAAACAUGAAUUAAAUAACACAACUGGAACAUCCAUAUAUUUUUGGGUUUAGAGAUGGAAAGCAGGGCUUAAUCUAAUUACAGUGACACUUCUUUAAGCUCUUUAGUUUAUGUGACCCUUUAAUAUGAUUUGCUUUUAAGACAGCCCCCCUCAUCUUUUUCAUAAAAUUGCCCUGCUGUUAAUUUAAAGCAAGUGAUUGAAUAGCUGCCAUGUUCCAUUUAUUUUAGGUUUAUAUUAAAGCGCUUUUUCUUAAAGUCUUUCUCUCUUGGGAAGAAGGAUUUUGCUGUGCAUCUCAGCAAGACAUCGGAAAUCUCACACAUCAUUUUUCCAUUCAGAUUGUUUGUCACAGCUUGUGUUAUCCCUGUGGUUUACUAGUGUCACAUCCACUAGAAAUCUGGAUUCUGCCUUACGAACCCUUACAAAUUUUACCCCAAACAAAGUUAAAUUAAUGGAGCCAAAUGUUGUCAUCUGUCUCCAUUAAUUUUAUUUCAUGAACGAGUAAUGACUAUAUUUAGUACUGCAUCACACAGUGAAAAUGUUUGCUUUUUGAAAUAGCUUACAAGACUCGGUUUUAGAGUUUUCAGCUAGGGACAGGAUCUUCUAGUGGCUAUGUGUGUUUGCACAAAAUGAUAGACCAUGAGUUAUGGCUUAAUAAUCCACAAUGUAAAUGAGUACUGUGCUGGUAUAGGCAGCCCCUUCACUCCCUCUUUAUUCCUCCCUUUGCAUGAGCACAUGUAAGUGGAAAGUUUUGUGUGGUUUUUGAUCGUGGGAAUCUGGUUUAUUACUCUUAAACACACCAGAAUUGGCAAACCAACAACAAAUCCCUGUUUAAAAUUGGUUUAUGAUUUUGUCUUGAUCAAGAAAAACUGAUGAGAAUCCCAGAUUCAGCACUCAUAUUCAUUUCUGGUUUGUUUACCUGGUUGUACAGAGGGAGGAGCAAACAAUAUAUAAGACUACAUACCAAUGACUAUAUAUAAGACUACAUACCAUACUUAAUACAGUCAUACUUCGGGUUGAAUAUGCUUCAAGUUGAGCGCUUUCGGGUUGCGCUCCGUGGCAACCUGGAAGUAAUGGUACGUGGGUUGCGUUCGCUUCAGGAUGCGAAUGGGGCUCCGGAACAGAUCCCGUUCGCAUCCUGAGGUAUCACUGUAUUCUCACUCCCUUAAUCCAGCAACGGAGGAAGCCACUUGGGCGCCUGGGGUGGUGCGCCCAGGGGCGAGGCGCACCACCCAUAGAGGUGGGACGUACCACGGGACCUCCGGAGUCUGCCUGUCUCCUCCCACUCAGCCACCCUGCAGCUGGGGGGGGGGGAGGCAGAGAGUGGACCGUAUGGGCAGCGUGCAGCCUGCGUGCACCAAAGCCACCGCGUCUCUUCCAGGAGAUACGCAUGGCUCGGGCAUGUUGCACGCCCCACGGUGAGUGCUGCCCGGCAUUUUGUCACCCUCCUCAGUGGUAACCCCCAGGGCGGCCCGCCCCUACCGCACCCCCUUCCUCCGUCCCUGCCUUAAUCAUGUUUACAGAAUGGAGAGUGGACUGUGGCAUUGUUUUGACUCCUUCUCCUACCCUACAACUCUCUGAUGUGAAUUUACCCUGCUGGACAUAAGCAUUGUUAAAGCCUAUGUUGUCCACAGACAGCUUUCCAGGUCACAUGGCCAACAGGACUAAACUGCUUCUGGCGCAACAGAACACUGUGACGGAAACCAGAGCGCACGGAAACGCCUUUUACCACUGUUUAUUUAGGGACGCGGGUGGCGCUGUGGGUAAAACCUCAGUGCCUAGGACUUGCUGAUCGUAAGGUCGGCAGUUCGAAUCCCCGUGGCGGGGUGAGCUCCCGUCGUUCGGUCCCAGCUCCUGCCCACCUAGCAGUUCGAAAGCACCCCUAAGUGCAAGUAUUUAAAUAGGUACCGCUUUAUAGCGGGAAGGUAAACGGCGUUUCCGUGUGCGGCGCUGGUGCUGGCUCGCCAGCUGCAGCUUUGUCACGCUGGCCACGUGACCUGGAAGUGUCUUCGGACAGCGCCGGCUCCCGGCCUCUUGAUCGAGAUGAGCGUGCAACCCUAGAGUCGGUCACGACUGGCCCGGACAGGCAGGGGUACCUUUACCUUUUAUAUAUACCGCUCAAAGAGGAUACUGUUAUCCUCCUAUUCCUCUUCGCUCAGUUAGGAAUAUAUGUGUGUAGUACAGAAGUUAGGUUUGGAAUAGAUUCUGUUGCUGCACAUUAAAUAUGAUUCGCCUUGGUCAUGUAAACACAGCUGGUAAAAGGAUGAGGCCAAGAAGUAGUCAAAUUUGUUGCAGGAAGUUUCUGCUAAAGACAGAAGCCUGCACAAUGACUAAAUAAUCAGCAAUACAAUCAUGAUGCUAAUCAACUGGGAAUUUGCAUAAUUGAGGGGGAAAGUACUCCUGGUUCAUAAUUUUUCAACAUCUGUGUACAUUUGUGUGAUUAACAGAAAUAAUUCCACUUAAUUAUAACAUGCCCAUUUUUUAGUUGCCAAUAAAUGAAAGCAUUUCUUGUCCUGUGUUGCUUCAGGUUUCAGAGGAUAGAACAAAUCCAGUGAACUAGCAAGGAAAAGAAGACAAUUGACUUGGAUCCUGGUUAUAGGUGGUGGGGUAAAAAAGGUAAUUAAGUUCCUGAAAACAAAUAGUUGCUUCAUAGCAAUAUUUUUUCCUGCAAAUCUUAGUGCAUUUUUAUGUUGUUAUUGAACUGGGAGAGGGGGUAUGGGUGGGGUGGGGGGAAUGCAGUUUAGAUGUACCAAAGCAGGGAAAUUAUAUAAUUCAAAACACACUAAAUGAAAUCCCAAGGUGAAAAUUUGAUUCUCCAGCCCUACCACUGAGCUUAUGUAGUUAUACCUUGUAUAGAGCAAAACCUCACAUAAGUUCAAGAUGAUGAGGUUAUAUCGUCACUUAUCAGUUCAAGAUGAUGAGGUUAGAUCUUCAGUUAGCACAGGUGUAAAUGAGAGCACAGGGUCAACAGCUCUAGAGAAUCAAUUCCAUAUUUAAAUAAGUGCUUCUUAUAUAAUUGUACAAAGCUCUCCCUGCCCCGCUCCCCUUAUAGGCAGAAUUUAUGCUUUUCAGCUACAUAUAUGUGAUACAUUUAAGUGGGUUGGCAAACUCGAAGUUGGUGCUAUCAGGUUGAGCCAGUGCUUAGGAUCACAGAGAAAAUCAAAUAAAAAUGGUAAUCAGUUUUCUGUGGGAAGCCUAUAUAUUUUAAUUUGCAAAGAAAAGAAAGUGAAGAUAUUAAAUUAAUAUAUCUACUGUAUAUAUAGUAGGCAUAUAUAUGGAUUAGCUGUGUUGGUUUGGGCAAAACUACUAUCCUGGCAAACGUAUGCUGCUCAAACAGAAACAUUAAAAUUAGUGUAGGGAUAAGGAUAAGGAGUAGGCACUUGCAAGGGAGAAUUGGCAAACUGAUGGGUUUAACUCGUCCUGUGCUCUCCUGUCAAAGUUCCACUGACAAGCCGUACUUUCCAGUGUUUUCUCUGCAGUUAUACAUGCUCUGUGUUUUGGAGUCUGUGUGUAUGUGUUCAAAUGACCAUGUGUGUGUUUAUGUAUGGCUCUUAUACAGGAGAAUUAACAGAGGAAAAUUAAACACACUCCUUCAGCCUUGUAACACAGGGUUGGGAAACCCAUCUCUCCCUUGUAAAAUGUUCCAUGCACAAGGAUUGCAGAAGUGAAUCGCGAUUACAUUUAUCAAUCUAAACUUUUUUUCAAGAAGCUAUCAUUGUAUACGUUUCUACUUUUGGCGCGCUGCUGAGCUUAGUUGUAGAGAAAAGCUGAAACUCUAUUCCUAUGCAGAACCAAUGAUUUCAAUUGAAGCCUUUUUUAUAGCAGUCACUCUGUUUCCUAAGGCUCCCAUCUGUCUUUAUGUCAUUGCUGUGCUGACUUGUAUAUUGUACUGAGAAUUGACAGACCUCCUGUUGAGUUUUAGUGGUUACACUUCAUAAUAGUACACAUUGUGAAGUCAGCUCAUAAAUUGCAACCACAGAUUCCAAUUAUAACUAGAGUUGUAUGUCAUGUUCAUGGGUCUUCGUCUGAUUGAAUUUUUGUGUACUUUAUAUUCUAGCUGAGAUCUAAUAUAAAUAUACAUUAUAAUUGCUGGCAUUCUGGCCUCAUCUGCUUUGGGCUAUGCUAUAAAUACCCACCCCCUUUUUUAUUUUUCCACUAAACACAUAUGAACAGAUUUGAUUAGUGUUGGCCAAAUGCACCAUUAGUAUGUGUAAAUGAUACAGCUCUGUGAAUGCAAAAAUUGCCAGCAAACUGCCGUAAAUGUACAUGUGCCUGCCUUAAAAUGCAUCUGAAAAUAAAGCCAAAUUUUUUAAACUCCAGUAAGUGCAGAAAAUGGUCUUACUUAUCACAACCAAAAUCUGGUUAUUUCUGAAGUUUGAAAGCAUCCUUAAGAGCUAGUGAGUGGCAUUAUAAGAGCUUUUUGAAGCAAGUGAAAUUGAGCUUCUACUGCUUUAGCAACUGCUAGAGCCAUGGAUUACAUCAGGAUGGCCAAGAGAUAAAAGGCUUUUGCUAACAGCUUGCAUUCAGCAGAUAAAGUAAAUCUAAGAAUCAUUCCUCACUCCAGUAACAAUCAUUCCAUGAAGUCUACUGAAUUAUGGUUGAAACCCUGUGUAAACUGUGUCCACUCAACAUUGCUUGUCUGUUCAUCAUCUGCUCUUUUGUUUGUUUUUAGAAUGGGUAAAAAAAUUAAAAAGGAAGUGGAGCCUCCUCCCAAGGAUGUGGUAAGUUUAUAAAACACUCCUCACUAUAAAAAUGAAAAUGUUUCACAAUUAUAACAUUCAAGUUUUCUCUCCUCCUUCAAUCUUUACUCCCACUUACUUCCCCUUCUGCCUCUAAAAAUGUCUUGUAAAGAUAAAGAUAAAUAACAUUUUUGUUUCAGUUUGACUGUGUGUGUAAACAGAGGGACCAAUCACAUUUAUUUUCUGAAAAAUAUUAUAUUACGGUAGGCCCUUUUCUACUUGGAAGAAGAAGAAUGGAAGAGAAAGGAAUAUGCAGUAUAAUCUCUGGGUUUUGACUGUGGACAUUGGGUUGCCACCACCUGUGGAGUAAAGGUGGAUCUCAAGUCUGAUUAUGUGUGAGCUUUGUCCUUGGUCUAGAAAAAAUCUUGGCCCCUAAAAGAUAGCACCCCUGGGCUCAUGGGGCUUAUUCUUGGGAAGUGGGGUUAGGAUUAGAGCCUUGGAGUUGUUGUGCAUGAUGUGGCUUAUUUGUUGUUUCAGGCUGUAAGUAGCCCACCUUAAGUCUACAUAGUGAAGGUUAGGAUAUACAUUUAAAUAAAUAAAACAUUUACAGCUUGCAUGAAGUCACAUGUGUAUAAAAGGGCUCAACUAAUCAAUGUCAUUACAUGAAAAAACAGGUUCCACUGACAUCUUCUGCUAUGCUAAGGAUCAAGAUGUAAGUAAAAUCCCACUAUCUUAAUUCAAAUGGUUGCUUCAGUUUUCAAACAUAUGACUCCAGCAAUUGAUCUGUUCCCCGAAUGUUCUGAAGCACAUCUUUCCACCAUCUCAUGAAAUUUUAGAAUAGUCUUCAGUGCUCAAAACUGAGAACAUUAAAAUAUGGUGGGAACAAAUUCUUCAUCUUCUUCUCUAUGGAAUACCAUGUAUAAAAUUGUUCCAGAAAGCUGUAGAAGUUUGGAGGUGCUAGCUUAGCCCAAUAUACCUCUUUUCUGCCACCUGACUGUUUCCUUCACAACUUGUGACAAAUCUUUCUGCUCCAUUUUUAACCUCAGUAGAAGCAGCAGAAGGAAAGGAUCUGGUAUGGGAGUAGAUUGUUUCACUUCCACCCAAAUCAAAAGCAUAUUGGGUGAUCUAGUCUGUUUCCCACCAGUGUAUGCUGCUUUCCUGACAAGGAGAGGAGUACAUUCACUUACAAAGGACACCUGGCUUUUUCCUUUUGUGGAAACUAGGUUCAGGUAUCCUGUUUCUUUUUUAAGUGAUUGAACUGUUCUCAGGUUUCAUAAAACUGGAAGAAUAAUUCACGGGUAGUUAAAAUACAAGGACUAUAAACUGCAGAUUAUAUUUCUAAACUUGUUAUGCAAAUUAAAAGAUGUUUGAAAAGAUGGUUUUCAAGAAUAUUUUAGAAGAAUUAUCCCAACAUUAUUUUACCUCUGUUGCAAUUGUUGCAAUGAAACCAUUUAUAAAGAGGAUUUCUGCUUUCCCCCAUAAAGUCAAAAAUGUUGAAGCAAAGAAUGUUUUUAUAUUAUUAUUAUUAAAGAUUUCUUAGUUUACAAAAAUACAUUCAUUGUCUCUUUUUUCUAGUUGUGUUUUCUACAGAUCAGUUUCAUUUGUUGUGAGACAUUAGUAUUGCAUGCAGUAUUAGGUUGGGAAGAAAAGAGGGGCAAGAGGGGGAUGGAGGAUGGUGAGUGGGGUGGGGUGAUAAUUCUUCUGUUCUUCUACUUCGUGUAUGUGUGGGGUUUUGUGGCAGUGUCCCUUGUAUGGGUUCAGUGUCACUUGUAUGGGUUCUCCUACUAUUCAAUUGUUGUAUUUCCUUGGUGGUGAGAGAGGUUGCGGUGGCCUAGGGUGUGGUUGCUUGUCCUUGGUUGAGAUUUGUUUAUAUGUGUGAGUGUGUGGGGUGUGUGGAUUUUUGGAUCAACUUCGCCAGAUUGGUUCGCAUGCUGUCAGUGGAUUCUUGUUGUCGUCUUGUCGGGCUAUGUAUGUGAUAAAGGGGAACCAUAUCGGGGUGAAGGCGUCUUCUAUUUGAACCCAUGUCAGUUUCAGUUUAUUGGUUAGUUUUUCUAGUAAGGCUGUUUCCCAUACUAUUUGAUACCAUUGGUCCAUGUUUACUCCUGACAGGACUUUCCAGUGUCUGGCUAUGAUGCUUCUGGCUGCUGAGAGUAGGUGGGUUAUGAGCUCUUUAUAAUGUGAGUGGUCAUCAGUAUCUUGUAUUUUUAAAGUUACUCUUUUUGAUCUUCCUUGGAAAUAGUGGGCAUAAAUUAUUUUGUUGCUAUCAUAUCAUGCUGAACCAUGCAAGUCUACUCUUCUAGCCUAAUAAUAUUUAGUCCUUACAGGUUUGGUGGUAUGUUCUGUAAAAUAUUCCAACAAACCUGUGUUGACUGUCCAAUGUGGAAGUUUAUAUUUCUCUUAGUCUAGUACAGACAUCCUUGCUAAACUUCAGAGAUUAACCAUAAGUGUUGUGAUCUGCAUGUAGCCCCAUAUUUGUGUGUCUGCUUUAUGACUUGUCAUUAUUUCUAUUAGCUUGACUACCACAAGCACAUAUUCACUCGGUGGAGUGGAGAGCCAUCUGUCACUUUCGGCCAGCCUAACUUCUGUCAUCUAUGGUAACUUCUGCAUUAAAUAACUGCAACACAUUAUACCCAGAAUACAGGGUACCUCAACAAUUUUGCCAAAAAAAGCUCAACAACGUCUGGAUAGGCCACCCUAUUGGUCUGGAUAGGCAACCCUAUUACGUAUAUGGAAACUUCAGCUGGUGCAGAAUUCAGCGGCCAGGUUGCUCAUCAGUACAAGAUGGUUUGAGUAUAUAAUGACAAUCCUGGCCCGACUGCACUGGCUGACAAUUAGUUUCCCAGCCCAAUUGAAAGUGCUGGUUUUGACUUAUAAAGCCUUAAACACGUCAGGACCGCAAUACAUCAAGGACCACCUGUCCCUAUAUGAACCACCAUGGACUCUUCAAUCAUCACCUGAGACACUUUUUCAUGGGCUGCCAAACACAAGAGGUCCAAAGGGCAGCAACGCAAGAAUGGGCCUUUUCUGUGGUGGCUCUCGGCUUGUGAGAUGCUCUCCCCAGGGAUGCCUGCCUGGAGCUUUUGUUACGUAUUUCUAGGCGCCAGGCAAAAACAUUCUUCUUCUCCCAUAAAAAGAUAAAGGCCCCCUGACAGUUAAGUCCAGUCGCAAACAACUUUGGGGUUGCGGCACUCAUCUCGCUUUACUGGCUAAGGGAGCUAACGUUUGUCCGCAGUCAGUUUUUCCAGGUCAUGUGGCCAGCAUGACUAAGGUCCCAUACCUUUGGCUAAUUAAACCAUCUAUGGCCUUUUAAACUGUGUGUUGGGGUGUGUGUGUGUGUUUCUAACAUUUUAAAACGUUUGUUACUAUGUUGUGUAUUUUUGUGUUUUUAUAUUGUAAACCGCCCUGUGAUCCUCAGAUGAAAGGUGGUAUAGAAAUUUAAUAAAUAAAUAAAUAAAACAAAACAGGAAUAUCCAUGAAUAGAGAGUGAGGGAGCUAAAGUUAGCUUUCUUGCAUCUGUACUUUGCAGAGAGAUGACUUUCCUGCUCUCUCUCUUAAAAACCUAUACGGCAGUUGGUAUCUCACUUUUGUAUGAACCGAAGGCUGGCAGCUAAAUUGCAUCCUAGUCGGAGUUUGUUUCCCAGACAUAUGAAGUUUAUAUAAAGUUCUCAGCCAAUUCAGAAGUCUGGCUUGGAACUGAUCAGAACUUGAGGAGUACUAGAAUGAACAGUGAUAUAGAUACACUGGCGGAGGAAGAGGAGUGCAGGGGAAGCGCACUGCCCCCGGCAGAGUGAUCCCAGUAUGGUGCCAUCGCAGCUGCCCCCCCCGCCCGCCCGUGCUGGGCGCCAUGCCCCUGCAGGUGGCAUGCCCUGCCCCCGGGACGCGCGCCAGCCCCACCCCCGCCUGCUCUCUGCCCCCCCAGUGCCGGAGCAUGAAGCUCCGCCACUGUAUAGAUAAGGAGACUCUACUGCUUCCAAAAUCUCCCAGGAUGGCUUCAACUGUUUACAUUACACACUUGCUCAAAUUCUGUUCCACAUGGUAGAACUUAUUAUUAUUUAUUGACUAUGUAUACCGCCCUAUACCCAGAAGUCUCAGGGUGGUUUACUCAUAUUUCUGAGUAAACAUUAAUAGGAUGCACUGUGAAAAAGACUUCUCACCUUUGACCCCAAGGUCUUGAGUUUUGAGUCAUUAGUUUCCAACACUAUACACUAUAGUUUCAUACUCUCAUUUUGUUUGUUUUAGCCAGACCUUUGUCUUCUGUGAGAUUUAAACGAAAACAUAUUUACAGAAAUUUCCAUAAAACCUAAAUAACUGAACUGAUUUUACCUUGCUCUUAUUUCAGUACAAACAAAGCUACCCAAGGCUUCUAUGACUUUUUAAAAAAAAACAACUUUGCUGUCUGGCUCAUUGCUCUCAUGUUAUUAUUAAGAAAUAAAAUUUGUUCGGAUUGUGGCUUAGAAUGCAAUACUCUGUAUACAGUACUUACUUGAGAAUAAGUCCCAUUGAGGGCAGUGGCUUUUGCAGCUGAGCAUACAUGCAUAGUAUGUGUCUGUUAGAUGCACUGUUGAACCAAGAACUAGAAAGACUGGCAUUUCUAACCAUAUUAAUGUUCUUAAAAUUGUUCCCACAAUGUAGACUGGACCCGACAUGGUGUAGGCUUGGCAAAAAAUAGUUGGUCCAGAUCCAAGAUACUGUUUUAAUUGAGCAUGAUAAAAGUGCCUAAUUUUGUUUGAAUGUAAAGCAUUCCAAAAUGUUUGAUUUAAACUGAAGAAUGAAAGGCUUUUAGAAGGAUUUGCCCUUUCUCAAACUAUGUUGGUUUCAAGCAAUCUAUUAAAUAGGGUCAGAACAGCUGGAUUUCAUAGCAGAGCUCUCUCUGUUUGAGAAAGGUCAGAAAUGGAAAUGAACAUUUUGCAUCGCUUCCAGAUGGCUGAAUCAUGACAGUGCUUUGACCGGUCGGGCAUCAUGGAGAGCUGGCCUUUGAGAUACAAACUUAUGUGAAGACAGCACAAGAAGGGCCAUUCUAUUUUUAAAAUAUAUUUAAAAAUAUCCACUAUAGACUAGAAUAUCCACUAUAGUUAGUAGUGCAGAAUAUGCAAUCUAUGGCCAAAUUCUGUCACUAUCUUUGAAUGCAUUUAGCUGUAUAGAAAGAGAUUGCUUUGCUCAGAUUAUUUUCUAGAGAGAGUGCUUUGCUGGCUCUCCAGUGAGCAGAACAACAAACUGAUGUUGCCAAAAACUUCUUGGAGUCUUGCCUGGCAUCAAACAAUUAAGUCAUUCCUGUUGCCUAAAGAAUGCUUUGGAUCCACAAGGGAGCUGCAACAUUUCACCAGCUUUAUUCAUAAUGUAUGGAAAAUCUUUUAAAUCUCCCAUUUGACAUUGUGAGAGCAAUCCACCAAGCACUUACGCUGUACAAAACUUCUAUUAGUUUAAAGGGGCAUGUGUGGGAAGAUGUGCAAAAUUUCUGUUGAAAUUAGCAUAGCUGGCCGUGUGUGGAAGGCUGUGAAAGAGGAAAAGACUUUGCAGAAUUGGUGGUUGUGAAUAGUGGCCGCCACCACGGGACCCAGCUCCACCUUAGAGGGCCAGUAUGGAUCUGCCAAUGCAUAUAGUAAAUUCAUAACAGGCUCCACUUUGGUUUAGCCAUUGGCCAUAGGGCACAGGAAGUUUAAUAGGAAGAAAAGGGCAGAUGUCUGAAUUCCUAAGAUUUAUACAGCCAUUCAAGGGCAAUCAGAGUCUCAUGGAUUGUAGAAGAAUCAAGAACCCAGAAAGCUAUCUGGUAAUAUUAUUUUAUACUCUGCUGCUUUCUAUAAACCUCUGUAAGGCACAGGGAGCUGCUUUACCCAAGUCAAGACUAUUGGUUUUGGUCAAUACUAUCUGCAGUGACUGGCAGUGGCUCUUCAGCAUUAAAGACAGGAGGCUUUCACAGUCCUGCCUGGAGGUGCCAAGGAUUGAACCUGUCACCAUUUGCAUGGAAAGCAUAUGCUCUAUGUACUGAGGGCCCAUCCAUAUUAACACAUUAAGUCUUUGAAUUAUAUUUUUUGUGAUGUACUUUACCUUUUCACAUAGCAAAAAAAAAGAAAAAAGGGUGGAGUAGCUCACAUGUAGGAUCCUCUAAAAUUUUAAUACUGAUUCUAUGGACUCAUUCCCACAUAACAUUAAGCCAAAACAAGGCUAAGAGUGAAUGAAGAAGCGUACUGGUGCCUUGCAUGCCCUUUGCUCCUACACUAAUUCUGCCACCGCCACCACUGCAUGGUUUGGCUUAGUGUUACCUGAUUUGUCUUGCUCCAGGCAAACUGUGAAUGGUAAGCCAAGAACAUGAUUUGUUUGGAGCAAGACAACGAUGAGUCCAGGUUCACAUAAUGUUAAACUGUGGAUUGUCCAGUUGCAGGACUGGAGGAGGAGCAAAUCAGCUGAGUUUUUUGCUUUGUGUACCAGCAUCCUUACUUGUUCAUACUGAGCCAUAGCUUGGUUUAGUGUUACCUAUGAACCUGGGCAAUGUUUGCUUACGUGCCACCGUUGCAGCUACAAAUGUACUAAAGAUAAAAUGUACUUGCUAGAGUCCAUACAGAUGUGGAUUUCAUUUAAUGUUAUUCAGCUCAUUUCAUUCACAGAAUUGUAGAGCUGGAAGGGACCACGAGGGUCAUCUAGUCCAACCCCUUGCAAUGCAGGGAUCUUUUGUCCAUUGUGGGGCUUGAACCCAUGACCCCGAGACAAAGAGUCUCCAUGGCAUUGACGCAUCCUGAUGCAAAAGAUUAUGCAACUGUUCAAUUGCAUUCUGUGAGGGAAAUGAAUUAGCUACUUUCCCCACUUAUACCUUAUUUCCAUUUUGUUUGUAUCAUAAAAAAGGAAAAAUAAUAGAUUCUGUCCUGCAUAUAUAUUGGUGUCAUUACAUUAUUUUCUAUACUGGUGUUGAAGCUAAUGUUACUUAGCUUCAGAUAGCAGUUCUUCAGAAGACUUUCAAUAAUCUAAGCUGUCACUCUUGAUAUCCUUACUUCCAUUUAACAAUAUUCUUUCUGAGCUGACAUAACCCGCAUUGUGUACAAAUUCCAGAUGCAUUUGAAUUGUAUGGUUUUAUACUCCCGUUCUUUCUUGCCCCUUUUGUAUCCCUAGUAACCUGUUUGCUUUUCGACUGCACCUGCACAUUGAACAGAGUUCUUCAUUAAGCAGUUUACAAUGAUCUCCAUUCAUACUUUUCCAAACCCUUUUGUGUAGGACCUUGAGAACUGGUUGAGCAAGAACACAGGAGUGACAAAAGUGUAAUUCAUGUUGAAAAUUAUCUGUGGACGCUAUAUUGAGUUCACACUGUUUGGUCAUAUCUGUAGGUUCUUCACUACCCUGUUUAUAUGUGAUUAUAGCCUAUCAGCAAAAAAUGUUAUCUCACCUAAGAACUCCUUAAGUCUGUCCAGAGCCGACAGUAUCCCAUUCGGCACCACAUUGUCAGCUUUUUCCUUUUCAAGAUCACUAAAUUUUAUACGUUAUAUAGCCAGUUUCCAGCAUCCUGUCCUUUUCACUCACUAGGAAACAUGACGCCCUCUAGGCCUUUCUGUCUAGUCCUCAGGACUCUUCUGAGACCACACCACCUUCACAGGUCACAUCCCUUGCCAGCCCUCCUCAGCACUCUUCCUUGAGUCCUUUUGCCAGGCUGAAAUGUGUCAUUGGAACUGUUAGAUUAUCUUUUGUUUGCCUGGAUGGAGGACAGAGUGAUGUGUGUGAGUGUGUAGAAUGGUCUAUGGUUUGUAUGGCUAGAAUGUAGACUAUUGUACAAAGGUAAGAGUUGCAUCCAUUGUGCUGCCCAUUUUUACCUCUAGUAACCCUAUCCUGACUUUCUAUUCUAAUUUGAAAUAUCAGAUUAUAUCCAGUGUUUAAUUUCUGUAUCAUCCAUGAUAAAUUUCCAGAAUGGACAUUAAAGAUCUGUAUGUUUCACAUUUGCUGAUAAUCUUAUAAUGUUGCUUUCUAGUUUGAUCCUUUAUCAGUUGAAAGCAAGAAAGCCGCAACUGUGGUGCUGAUGCUCAGUUCUCCCGAAGAGGAAGUUUUGUCUAAAGCAUGUGAAGCUAUCUAUAAAUUUGCAUCAAAAGGUUAAUGUUUCAGUUAUCAAAUCUUACCAUAUGUCUUGUCUUUCUUCUCAUUAAUAAAUCUGUUUGGUACCAAAAGAUUUCCAUUAAUAAUUAUUGCAGCUGCUACAUAAUAUUUCUUAAGUCACAAGUAUAUGCAAGAUAUUAUCCAGAGUGCAGUGAUAUGGUUCCUCUCUUGAUUAGCUGGGUCAUGGCUAGCAAUGAGAUAGAAAUUUGCUUCAGUUUGGAUUGCAAAACCAAUAUGUGAACCAAAGUAGAGCUACCCUUCAAAAUUCACACUACAUUUUGAAAUGCAGUUCUUCACACACAUGUGUACAAAAAUGUGUAUAUUAGGAGAAAGUGUGGAUGAAAAUGCAUAUUUAAGUGAAAACAUAUGGGGAAAUUGCUUGCAAAAUUUAUAGAUAAAAAAUGCAUACAAAACGUAUGUAUUAGAAUAAAUUUGCACUAAAAAAGCAGGUGAAUUUUCAUGAACCCCUUUUUUAAAUUGCAAACUGAUGUAGAAAUGUGGAGAACUGAAAUUGUGAUUGGAAAAACAAGAAACUGAGUGAAACAAAACUGAGAGAUUUUGUCCAUCUCUAGUCAUGACACAUGAGCAGCCUCUGCAGGGUGAAGACGAGGGAAUUUCUUAGCCAGAUCAGACUUACAGCUGAUCCAGACAUCUGCUUCUGACACACGUUUUAUGGGAUUGUACCACUGAAGAAGGGAUGUGAGGGAUCAUUUCUUUAAAACUGGCUGAGACAAAAGCUUGCAAGUGAGAUGCUUUCUACCUCCUGUGUUAGCUCUUCAGCUGCAGCAAGAUUUUAAACACAACACUUUUUCUUGUUAUUCACCGCAUAUAUUCUGAGUUGUUUUAGUCUCGAGAGAGAACAGUAGAAGCCCGUUUGAAUCAGGUGUAACAUCAAAGGCAUUGUUCCUGUUUUUGAGGUGCUAGAAUAUCUUCCCAUUAGUUUCUGUGUGGGGUGAAGAAAGCAACUUCACUUUCAAAAGCAGCCAUAAGCAAAGUCAGCACUAGACAACAUAUAUUUACCUGUUGUUGUUGUUGAAUCACACAUGUACAUGGGUGUGUAAAAAUCUACCCAUGUCCCUUUGAUUUAAGAUAGAAAAACUGAAGUGGGAGGAUAAAGCUUUAUAAUGAUAUAGUGAAGAUCUUGUGCUCUAGGACUCCAGUACUAUUAUUAGAAGCACUGGAAUAUUUUGAUCUUUGUGAAUUCUGACUUGAAUUCACGUUAACGUGAACUGACUUAUCUGUACCUCCCAUGCUAAUGAGAGAGUCAGCACUUGGGUUAUCUGCCUGCUUUUGGACUUCCUAAAUGUUCUAACACAGCUCAAAAAAAUUUACGGGCACGCCUCUGCAGCUGCCACCCUGACCAGAAGCGCUCCCCAUCCCACCCGCCCACCUCAUCUGAGCAGCACACCGAGCAGGAGCUGGGAGAGGAUGGACUCUUGCAUAUCUCAGCUACACAGUGUCCCUUGCUGGUGAGGAAGGUGGGCGGACAGCAAGACUUGUGUCAUGGUGGUGGUAGUGCCCGAGCCCAAAGAGGCGCACACGAAUGUCCCAUUGAGGCUCCACAGUUCAGUCUGGAGCAGUAGCGCCACAUGGAGGCACAACACUUGCCUUAAGGGGCGCAAUACUUUCCUGCCCUCGGCGCUUGUAACCCAUGCUACUCCACUGAAUCAAGAUAGAGCAGAUUUAUGAGUAAGCACAGGCAAAAAGUGCAUGGACUGGAAAUAGAUUGAUUCAUCCAUCCCUGUUAAUGGAAUAUUACGCUAUUCCUUUAAUUUCUGGUGUUCAGACUGUAGAUGCCAUGGUUUAUGUAACCAAAAUGGCACCAUUCACUCACAAAAGGGGAACAGGGGGAGGUAUCAGAAGACUUAGGGGGAUCCCAAAUUUGCUGAAGUAUGAAAUACAUUUUAAAGAAAAACCCUGUGGAAGGGAGAUCCCAAAACAGCCACAUCAGAACUGUGGAUUCUGAUGGGCUACAGAAUGCUGCUGACCAUUCAGAUGGAUUGGGUGGGGCUCAUGUGGUAAAAACUGGGAGGGAGGGGGAAUAGAACAGGGUGGCUGGAAUUGUGAUCAGCAGCACUCUGUGUUGAAACAUUACUGCUGCAGGUCCCACUUGUUAAUAUUAUUAUUCAUCUUGUAUUGACAGUAAAGACCACUGACAAUAGGGACCAUUUCAUGGGUAUAAACUAUCAGAGGCUACUGGUUAUAACAACUAUGCUCUGCCUCCACAAUUGAAGGCAGUAUGCACCUGAGUACCAUUUGCUGGAAACCACAGCAGGAGAGAGUGCUCAUGUGCUCAAGUCCUGCUUAUGGGCUUUCCAUAGGCAUCUGGUUGGCUACUGUGAGCUCAGGAUGCUGAACUAGGUGGGUCAGUGGCCAGACCCAGCAGGCUCCUCUUAUGUUCUUAUUUGCUUUCUAGGUGAAGAAAAUAAGCUGACUCUUCUUGACCUUGGAGCCUUGGAACCUUUAUUUAAAUUAGUUACACAUGAAGACCCUAUUGUCCGCAGAAAUGCCACCAUGGUAGUUGGGGUGAUGGCUUCUCACAGUAAGAGUAUUCUCUUUAUAAUCAUUCACAAUUAUAUUUGCUAGCAAUAUUACAUAAGUUAAGUGCAACUGAUGAAAUCAUAAUAGUCCAGUAGAAUGACAGUAGAAUAAUUCAUCUGAAAUCUUGGGGCUCCUAUAUCAUCACACUGAUGGAGUAAUCCCAACAACUAUACUGGAGGCAGCAUCACUAUCCACUAAGUCUCCGUGCAAGGAAGAAGCGCCUAUACAGAGAACAAUAAUCUAGUACUUGAGAUUCAGCAUAGAUGAAGCCUGAACAGCUUGUUACUCAGCCAUCCAACUGCAACCACUGCCAAAUAUGGCAGCCCACCAGGGGCUCAAUAAAUAUUUUUUGUUUCCUGCCUGAGACUGCAAAUGCAGGCGUGGUUGUCAAGCACCUGGUAGGUUGCAAUAUGCAAAUGAUGGGCUAUGUUUGACUUCUGCAUUUGACUUGACAUGUCACCAGUUGUGCAGACCUGACCUCAAAUAAUGACACACACUGUUUUAUCAAAAGAGGUGUGCUUCAAAGCUUUUGUAAUCCUGCAUCAGACACUAUGGGGCUUGAAACAAAAACCCUACAGACCAGAGGUUCUGAUCAGGGGAGGGUACUACAAGCCAUUUCAGCUACAGCAUGUCCACAACAACCCAAAAUUAUUCUGGCCUAGGAAGUCAGGUGGCACCAUAGGAGCCAACUGCUAGGGGCCGUGGUCCCUUUGCCCCCCUUAAAUGCUUGAGGCGUCUGCCCCCCCCCCCCACGUUGAUGGGCAUUGCCAUUCAAAUGGUCUGCUCACAUGUCUUGGUUUCUUAGAAUUCCUGAACAACACUGGGUAUGAGGCUGCUGGUUUCAAAUAUGCCCAAGUCUGCUUGUGUCUUUGAAACAUUUUGAAAUCAUCACCGAAACUAGAACAUUGCAUUUCAAUAUAACUUUGAUAAAUGUACCCAAAUCUACUGGGGAGGACGGAGGACUAUGACUGUUCUUAAAUAUGAAAAUAAAUUGAUCAGCACAUUCAAAAACUGUUUUAAAGAGGUUUAGAAUGAAAGCUUUUGCAAAAUAGUUGCCAAAAGUAGUGAGUGGGAGUGUUUGUCAUUUUCUUUCAUUCUUUAAUUGACUGUUAUUGUGUAUCUGAUGUUGUUUGGCACAAAAGGAUAUAAAGAUCUCUUUUGGAAGUGGCUUGCUUUUUGGUUUUCUAAUUUCCCCUAAUAUAUUUCCCUGUCAACUCCCAGCAAAGUACACUCCACCUUUGAUGUUACUCAUACAGCAGCCAUAUAUUUUCUACUACCUAGUAGAACUUAAUACAACUGUAAUAUUAAGAUUGCAUCGCCAGUUCUAGUUGCACACUGUAUUCCUUCAAUAUACUGACUAAAUAUAUUGCUUCAUAUCUACAUUUGCUUCAUUGUAGAUGAUGUGAAAAAAUCAUUAAGACAGCUAGAUGUUACAAGUGCAUUUAUAGCUCGCCUGGCACCGGAAGGUAAUUUGUAGUGCUCCUUUGUGCAAAUUUUUGUUUGCUUCUGUCAUUUAAUAUUUUUUGGAAGGACUGUGGUUUGGAUUUUUCUUUUAAAAGUGUAUAGCAAAAUGAGAUGAGACAGGAUUAAGAGCUUCUGUUUACAUAUAGUUUCUAAUGACAUUUUGCUAACCAUCAACAAAUGAGAGUAUUUACUAUGCUAGUUAAUGGCUAAUUGCACUAUUUCAUUUUUAUGCCAUAGAAGAUGUAGUCACCCAUGAGUUUGCCAGCCUUUGUCUGGUACACAUGGCAGCAGAAUACAACAGUAAAGUGCAAAUAUUUGAGCAAGGUGGACUGGAGCCGCUUAUCAGCCUGCUAGGAAGUCCUGAUCCUGAUGUUAAGAAGAAUUGUGUUGAAUGCAUCUAUAACAUGGUACAGGUGAUUAUUUUUCACUGUUUUAAGUAUAAAGGAAUAUAUUGUUUAAUUAUAAAGUGAUGCUCAUCUUCAGUUUGUACAUCAAAGUUAAUUACUGGUUGGCGUAUGGUUAUCUUUAAAUUUACACCAGUUUUUCCCAAUAGCCCGUUCCAAUACAUCUUCCUCAUAUCCCAUAAACUAGGAAUUCACUGUCUACCUACUGUUGAACUUGGGGAACUCCCCUCUAAAGUGCCCCCAUUAGAUGGUCAACACCGUCAUCUCUAUCAAUGCUGAUUACAUGUUAGGUAGAAGAGGUAUAAAGGAGUCUGACAUCCACUUCUCCAUUCCUGCCUAAGGGAUGAUUAAUACUGUCAUUAUUAAUGGAGAUCCAUGAACAAUACUCUGUGGAUCUCUCUUGCUCUGGGUUGAUUUACUUGAUGGCAAAUCCUAUUGAUUUCAGUGGAAUGUGCUUCCAAUUAAAUGUGUUUAGGAUGAAUUGGAACAAACUGCAUUUGCAUGCAUAUAAAGGAAAUCAUUUUUAAAGACUAGAAUGCAUAAAAUCCAUUGUCUCUUCAUUGUGUGGAAAAAAUGGUUUGACCCUUCCAGAGAGUGUUGUGAAAAUGUCUGUCUUUGGGGGAGAGGGAGGGAAUCAGAAAUGGGUUCUGGCUUAUUCUUGCAUAACACACCAUGAUUUUGCACAUCUUCUUAACUCUUGGUAAAUGCUUUUGACAGCUUCUUUUCAUAAGGAAAGGAAGGUUAUUGUAAUUGGUUACUUUCACAAUCAAGUGUUAAUGUCACCAUAUGCUGGUUAGCAAAAGAAUGGUGCAUUUGUGUAUGGGAGUUCUUUUCAGAGUCUAAUUGCUUGAUCCACAAUCCAGUGAAGCUGAAACACGAGGAUUUAAGCGGAUUUAGUUCCAUUGACUUCAGUGGUACCAAAUUGGCUUAAGUUCAAGCACUCAAAUUUAACUGUGUUGUGGAUCGGGCUAUAAGUGAAUCAACUCGGUAAUGAAUUCAAUUCACAGCUCAAUCUUUUCUAGGGCAUCAGAGCAUGUCUUUAUUCUGAAUCACAUUUUGCUGUUUCCCUUCUUUUGCUAUCUAGCUGUCUUUGUUGUAAGAUAUAUCUGGACAACUGCACCUGGUGCUUGCUUAGAUUGAUAAUAGAAAUUGCACAGAAACAUGCAUAAACUGCUAUUUUUAAAAAAACUUAAAACUCUUUUUUUUAUAUACCAUUUUUAUACUGCCUAGGACGUGGUCAUUCUUUUGGAAGGUUUUAUUACUAGAAAAGGUUGGAAUAUUUUGCAAGGAAGUUUUUAAUAUUCAGUUAUUUAAGAAGUAAUAAAAUAGCAGUGAAUGUGCAGAGACCUUCACAUGCAGAUAAAAUUAUCAAAUUGAAUUUGAGUGAUCCUUUUUGUAAAAGUCAUAUGCACUAAAAAAAAUUAAGGUCAGUUUCUUCUUGAAAAGUAUUUUAAAAUGUGGUGUGAAAGCAAUAUGCUUCAAAUUAUAUACAAACUAGUGCUAUUUUUCAAGAAAAAGAGGUGCCAGAACUCUCCAUUCUCAUUCAUUUAGAAUGGCAAUGGCACCUACCUGAGAUGUGCCAGAACCUGCAUGAGAGGUGCUGGAACUGAGUUCCAGGGAGUUCCGGCUGAAAAGAAGCCCUGCAAACUAGGAUUGCUGAGUAUUGUUCUGUGUAAUGUGUAAUUUGUGAUAUUCGGAGCCUAACAAUUGUCAGCUUCAAAAUAACAAAUAAUUUAAUUGCAUUUGUGAUAAUCGUCUUGCAAAACCACAACAUUAUACAUUAUUGUGUUUUUCCAUCUAACCAUUUCUGUUUGGUACUUAACUACAGGAUUUUCAGAGUCGUGCUGCAGUUCGUGAACUAAAUGUGAUUCCUCCUUUGUUGGAUCUUUUGAAGUCUGACUAUCCAAUUAUUCAGUUGUUAGCUCUCAAAACCUUAGGUACUAUUUCCAUUGAUAGAGAAACCAGAGUUAUGCUAAGAGAACAUCAAGGACUAGACCAUCUUUUCAAGAUACUUGAAACUAAGGUACCUUUUAUUUAAAUAUAGAGCUGUCAUUUGCUUGAAGAAAUCUUAAUCAGUUAGUCAUACUGAUUGUAGGCCAUUAAUUGUUACUCAAUCUGAAUAAACUCACAGUUGUAUUAGAGGGGGGAAAGCAUUAUUUGACUUAGAUAAUGCAUACAUGUGCCAUUGUACAUAUCAUCUUAUAAAAUUAUUAAUUUAAAUAUCUUGCUAGUUAAACUUUUAGUAGAACUAAUUGUUUUUAAUUGAUGGAUCUAGUAAUUGAUUAUUCAGUUAAGUAUUUAAACGUUACUAGAAACAUAUGGUCAACUCUAAACUGAAUUUAACAAUCUGUACAAUAAAUAAAACACAACUUCUUUCACACAAAACAUGUACUGAAAAUCCUUACUUCAUUCUUAAUAAUUGCAUGGAACUGUAAACUUUUUUUAAAAUGGCCUCAAUCCAAAGAGAGUGGACAGUGCUGGUUACUAGUGAAUGUGUGGUUGUGAACAGUCCAAAGCAGAUGACUAGCUUUGGGCAUUGUCAUCAAAGGCAGAGUUAAUCAUUUAUUUGGCUGACUAUAUAGCCAAAACCACCAACUAUCCAGCACAGUGCAUGCAAUCCGAAGUGGCAGAUGCAUCCCCAAGGGGCAGGGAUCAGGACAAAUAACUUACAUGUGUUGAAUACUUAUUGCACUAGUAUUUUAUUUGAUGUUACUAAAGAUUUGGUGUCUAGAAUAAUGUUGAGUUUUAAAGUAUACCAGUGCUAACCAGGGAUUGGGUUUGUAAGAACAUUCCGUUUCUGUGAUAAGAUAUACAUCAUUUAUUUGUCUCAGUGAGAAAUCACAAGGCUUAAUUAGUUGUAUAUCAACUGGAAAUUUUAAAAUGUCAGUAUUUCUGCAGAGAAGUAUUCAGAUUCUAUUGGUGUCAACUGAAUAAUUUUGCUUGUCUUUUUAAUUGUCCUAAAGAGGAUGGGAGCAGCUUUUUCAAUCCCUUUCCACCAUGUGCUGCAUGCCCGUUGCACGAGGAACGCCUUCACUCCCACUCAGGUUGUGUGCAGCGGGGCCCCUUUCCUGCAAAUUCUUUGGCACAUAUGAAUAGGCCUCAGACAAAAAGCUUGUGUUAGGGCUUACAUUAAAUAGAUUGCAACAAGGCAUUUUGUACAGUUGGGCAGUGUAUUUAUAUAGAAUUAUGGAAACUAUGAACAAUUUUUUAAAGAAAGUUCCAAUGACUGACACAUUUUGUGCUAAAAUAUAAAUGUGAUCAGGCAUUACAUUAAACACAUGGCAUUUUGCAAGCUAUUUCUUUAUUCAUUUAAUGAAAUUUAUAUACCACUUGAUUGUAAAAAAAAACCCCUCAAAGUGAUUUACAUUUAAUGUUUGUAUUUGUUUAACUUUUAGGAAUUUAAUGAUUUACAUGUAGAAGCUCUUGGAGUGGUGGCAAAUUGUCUUGAGGAUGUGGAUACUAUGCAAUUGAUUCAGGAGACAGGGGGCCUCAGAAAACUACUUGCCUUCACUGAAGUUUCCACUCUCACCGAUUUUCAGAAGAAUGCGGCAAAGGCUAUUGCUAAAGCAGCUUACGACCGUAUGUCAUUUCGAAAAUAUAUAUUUCUUAUGGAAAGUCUUAGAGCAUAUUUGUCAGGGAACUGACAUCGGAGCUAGAGGUGGAGGGAAGGCUCUCUAAUGAUGCUGGAGAAGGGCCCAGCAGGGAGAGAGGCAGCUCAGCAGAUGGGGAAGCAAUUCAGUGCAACACCAGGAAUAAGGAGGGGCAGAUGGGGGAUCGGAGAGAGGGCUCCCAGACUCUUCACCGGACACCAGCGGGGAGAGCACUGGUCCUCCGCUACCCACGCCCUCCCUGCGCAGAAGACUUCCGCGCAGAGAAAGUAGGAGGAGACUGGGUGUCAAACAACUUUUAUGUUGGAAAAGGUUUAAGAAACGCCCACUGACGGAUUCUGCUAGCGACUGAGGCAGCCACGAUGAGAAAGGGCUGUCCAGACAGAAAGGUUUAACAAGGCAACAUAGCCAGGAGAGGCGGCAACUUACGCACGAGCAACCCCAUACCAUUAUAAUAUUUGUGGCAUAUAUUUUUAUGGUUGUAGGUAAUAUUGGACCAUGUUGAUGGGGGAUGUCCUGCCUUGUAGAAAGAUUCCUUCUAGUUCUUACUAACUCUGUGAUUAUUUGACACAGAUAUUGCCAAUUAGUUCAGCUACUUGGCAUAAAGUCUUAUUUAGGACUGGUGGGUGGGCACAUUCCAUCUCCUUUGUGUCAUUGACCCACUAUGAUUAUUUCUUAAGAGCAAUUAUAUAUUUCACAGAAAUAUGAAAUGCUGCACUGCUGUCACAUUUUACCCCUCCAUUCAUUAUCAAAUGUGUCAUGUGUGUAAGAAAAAUACCUCACAUAAAGAUUUGUUGUCUCAGUCCUGUUUUUAUUUAUUUAAUUAAACAACUGUAAUCUCAAGGGUCACCCCCCCCAACUUGGCAAAUACUUUUCAUUCCCAGGAUUAAUUCCAUCUCAUAUUCUUAGAAUUUCCCCUCUUGGGCUGCUAGGGAGCAGACGUUUUUCUUGCAUAGCAGCCUUCAAAAUGACAUAUAGAUUAAUGUCCCCAGUGGAUUAGCCACUUCAUCUUACUUUUUAUAAUUAUUCAUUCUGUAAUUAUUUAUCUAUAUAAACAGUUCGCUGCUUUUGAAUUCAUUAUGGAAUUUUGAAGCAAGCAGGCUGAAUGCUCAUAGCUUGCACUCAGCAUGACAGUGCUGUUUAUGUCUCGGAGUAGCAUCUGUAUAGUGAUUUGCAAAGCUGAAAUCGAAGGACUCCAGUGCCAAACGACAAAAUGUAGUAAUAUAAAUAAUAAUGUACUUCUUAUUGUUCUGAAUCCCUCAAGGAGUUCUGGUGACGUAAAAUGUGGCAGAUUUAGAUGCUUCUUGUUUCUACCAUAUCUGGGUGAUUAGUUACUUCUAGAAUUUCUGGCAAUAUUACUUUAAUUUAUGUAUGUUUGUCUCACACAUUUUCUAAUGCAGAAAAGUGCCUUAUUUCUUGCUAGAUAAUUGCUUUCUAAUAUUUUAUGUAUUUUUCCAUAGUCUCCCAGUUUGGCAGGUUAAAGCCUACUCAGAUGCUUAGAAAGUUGAAGUAAUUUAACUUUUAGAUGUUUUAAAGUAUAGCUGUAAAUUUUUCUUGUUUUAUCUUUUUGUAAACCACUUUGAGGGUUUUAAAAAAAAUAAUCAAGAGAUAUAUACAUUUUAUGAAAAUAACAGGGACCAAGCAACGGGAGCUCACUCCAUCGCGGGGAUUCAAACCACCGAUCUUCUGAUCGGCAAGCCCUAGGCUCAGUGGUUUAAUUCACAGCACCACCCGCGCUUACUCACUCUUAAACAGGUUGCAGCCUGUUUGUUCUUUAUCACAUAAGCUGCUUGAUAGCUGAUUGGUAGAAAAUCAGGAUAUAAAUAAUAUGAAUAAUAAUUAUUCAAAUUAUGAUAAUACAUAAUAUGAUAAUAGAUAAAUCAGUAAGCCCCCCCCCCAAUUUAUUAGACUCUACUUUCAAUAUAUAAUUAUAUCCCUGCUCUCAAAUUCAUUUGGAAAAGAAAAUCUAUUUCCUGCCUCUCUUCCUUAGUCUUCUUUUGCUUUGCUGUAACCCCACAGACAUUGUUAAAAAAUAAGAGGAGCUGCACAAUAGGCUGUAAUAGAUUUCUGUCAAGAACAACGACCUGUUACACUGUAUCUCUGGAUAUAACUCUAUGUAACUUCUUGCAGCCUUUCUUUAUGAAUGAAAUAAAUGUAGUCUGAAGUAUAAAAUUUUUGUUUUGCCUAGUCUGCAACAAACUAGCAUGGGUGCAACUGAGUUGUGGCAGCCAGAACUGUACCCAGUAUGUCACAUGCUUUUGCACAGUAGAUUUGCAUAAAAGAAUUAUGACAUUGGGAGUUUUGUUCUGGUUAGCUUUUGUCCUGAUCCUUUGCAUAACAUUUGCCCUUUUCACAGUUGCUGUACACUGAGUUAAUAUACAUAUCUGUAUAUACAUUAUGAUUGUAUUAUAUAUGUAUAUACAAAAAAUAUACAUAGUUCCCCUAAAACAGAGCAUUUUAAAGGUUAUUUUCACCAGUGAAAUUGUUUUUAUGGAAACAUUACACCAAUAGAAUUUUUGAAUAUAUUCAUUGGCUGGAGAACUGCAACACAAAACUCAGAGAAGUGCAACUGCAGAAGGAUUGGUAUGUUUCAGUUUUUGUAUUGUUUUGGAAAGUGCAAAGUAGGUUGUUUCGCCUUUAGAUGUGAACUGAAUCAAAUUUCUCCCAUAUCCCUAGCAGAGGGUAAGUAUUACACAGUUUAUGAGCAGCAACAGAUAAAGUGUAGCUUUCAGCAGUAUGUAAAGGUGGCAAUGGGAGCCCUGAGACAUUGGUCUUUGGUAUGAAAACUGGGGUAUUAGAGAAGAUGCCUACAGUGGUACCUCAGGCUAAGUACUUAAUUUGUUCCGGAGGUCCGUUCUUAACCUGAAACUGUUCUUAACCUGAAGCACCACUAUAGCUAAUGGGGUCUCCUGCUGCCGCUGCACCGCAUUUCUGCCGGAGCACGAUUUCUGUUCUCAUCCUGAAGCAAAGUUCUUAACCUGAAGCACUAUUUCUGGGUUAGUAGAGUCUGUAACCUGAAGUGUAUGUAACCUGAAGCGAAUGUAACCCGAGGUACCACUGUACUUUCAUUUAUGAAAUGUUGGAAGGUAUUAAUUUGUCCUUCCAACAGGAUUCCAUUAUUAAGAGGUGUGGAGUCCAUUCCUACUGAUGUUGAUGUAUGCCCCAUGUUCAGUGGGACUUAUUCUCUAGUAACCUACAUCAGUAGAACCAAUGCUGCAUUGCCAGUGUAAUAGGAUAUGAAAUGCAUGUCUAGUCCUUCUGAUGGUUUUCAUUUUCUCUUUCAACAAUUAAAGCAAACAUUAUUUCCCUUUAUGCAGAAUGUAAAUAUGUUUUAUAUCUAAUGUGUGGUUUAUUAUUAUUAUUAUUAAAACAGGAUUGUACCUGCUUUUUAGGAAAUAGUCAGGAUAAUAAACACUUUUGUUCCAGGUACUAAGAGACAUUGAACUCACUUUAUCAAAAACAAAUGACUGAAGUAUGGAGACACGCCCCCCAAGAGACCAUUACCAGGGAUUACACACAAGUUUGGCAAGGAUCAAGCCGGAGGCAAAGUCCAUUAUGUGUCAAGCCAAUUUGUAAUCCCAAUUAAUGCCAUCUCUAGAGUGUUUGCAGUUACAUGUCAGUGAUGUGGCAAAACUUGUGUCUGCUUUUGUUGAGAAUUCUCCCAGAACCUAUUGAAUCCUGUAAAACAAUAGCAAACAAGCAAAAAAACACAAACACAAAACAUCUCCUCCACCAAACCGCAUAUGAAAGGGUGCACCUUUUAAGGUGCAAAAUUGAGAAAGUGGAGCAGCUAGAUUUCUAAUGCCUUUUAUUUCUAGUCUAGCUUUUGCUAUGAAUGUUCUGAACAGUUAAUCAAAUAUAAAUAUGUACAUUUUGGACUUUAAAAAAAGUAACCAGAUUGCUUAAUAAUCUGUUGAACUUCCUUAACUUUUAUUAUUAAACACACUGUAUAAAGUAAAUAUAUUUAAGCUGAAGGAAAGGUUCAUUUUUUGGUAUAAAACCUCUUUUAGGUGACAUUUCUCCGUUUCCAAAAUAGAACAAGUAUAAAAUUAAAUCUAAGCCUUGAUCCUUUUAGCUACUUGUCAAUAGGACUUAGCAGAUCGGCUGUCUGCUUAAGGUUAUGUAAGUGCUUAAGUAUUCCUUUGAAUAAACAUGAAAGGGAGCAGUUCAGAUAUACAAAACUCUGCCAACAAGGGCUUUCUUGCUUUGGGCAGCUUUAUGAGGCACAUAGUAUAAUAUUUAUUUGGAGUAUAUUUGUCUGUCCCUUUAGUGCACUAAUUUUGUAUGGCUGUUGAAAGCUAACCAAACGGGGCGAGGGUUAUAAGAUAAACCUUCUAGGAUUCAGGGGAUAUUUCUCAUAUUAAGGUAAAAGAAUAAGUUAGGUUAUAUGAAUUCUCAUAAGCUGCAUGAUGUUAUGUGUGUGAGGGGGACACUUCCACUUCUUGCUUCCCCUUGCCUUGUGCAGAGCUGCAGCAUUCGAUAAAACCUUAAUUUUAUACUGGAAAGGCAAACUGUUAUGCUGCAACAUUCAGAGUGUAAUCAUUUCACUCUGGCCCUUGCAAGCUGGCCUGAAUGGGGGAAUCUGUGGUCUUGUCCUCACUGUGAAACCCACAUGUGAAUUGCAAUGAUGUCAAACUGUGGAGCAUUCACCCCAGUGUUUUGUCUCUAGUGAUGAAACAGGGAGCAUUCACAGCCUUCUUCCUGUUGGUCUAGAUAGAAAUUAAGAGUGUAUGAAUCUGUGAAAAAGGCAUAAUGCACUUUUUAAACUACCAUCCUAUGGUAGCUAGUCUAUGCACUAAUUUGAUUUAUACAGCAGCUGUCAGAUAUACAGCAUCUCCACUAAAAAAUUGACUUCUUUAAUUUUCAUGUACAUUGCUCCUAUUAGUACCCCUUAGUGAGGAUAUAUUGCCAGGAAGCGGGGCAUGCAUGUUCUGAUUCUGCAUAAAUUUAGGGUUGUUGUUUUUAAAGGGAACAUAAUUGGUUCUUAUUAGCUCAAGUGCUUAUUGCUGGUAAGUGAAAUGCAUUUUUUGGACCUGCUUUAAAAACUCCCAUAUUUCAGCAAACUUAACCAAGUUAGUGUAUGCAGCUUAAGGGUGUGACACUUUAUAAGUGCAUUUUAAUACACUGUGUUUUGAUGUUGUGCUGAAUGGAAACAAAUGUUUGCUAGCGACAUAAUCUGCAUGAAAAUUUGAUCUUUCAUUCCCCUUCCUAUUUAACAUUUGAUGUUGCUGAUUAUUAUUGUUGUUCUUCUUUAUGCGCAGCUGAAAACAGAAAAAUCCUGAAUGAACAAGAAGUUGAAAAAUGUCUAGUCACCCUUUUGGGAACCGAUAAUGAUGGAACUAAAAUAGCUGCUUCUCAAGCAAUCGCUGCUAUGUGUGAGAAUUUAGCUAGCAAACAAACCAUUGGAACUCUAGGUAAAUCGGUUAUGGUGGAGGUAGAACUUAUGAUCCAUAAGAAAAUAUUUACCAAUCUGCAGUUUUGCCAUGGCUAAUUUGAGACUGCAUACAUACAAUUAUUAUUAUUUUUCCAAAGGAAUUCCCCAGCUAGUUCAGUUGCUAAGCAGCGACAAUGAAGAGGUAAAGGAAGCUGCUGCUACUGCUCUAGUUAAUCUGACAACAGCUCACCCUGCCAAUGCAAGGUAAGCUCAAGAGGAAUAAAGAAUUGUUGAACACAUUUAUCAGGACAUAUAUUUUACCUCUGUGAAAUUUCUAGGUAGCAUAUUGUCCUGUUACCUCCAUUUUGCUUUACAUCCUGGCUCCUGUGCUAUUCACUGAAUAGACCAUUGUCAAAGUUUUACCAUCAUUUUUCUUGACUAUUUAUAUGCAAAUCCAGUGUAGUGUGUGAAACCAGCUAGGUGUUUUUGUAAGAAACCUGGAAAUAAUAUGUAUGUUUCCUGAUGUGCAUCAUUGCACAUCUGGGAAGUUUUUAGAAAAUGAGGCUAAAAAUAAUAAUACAUUGGGGUGGGGGGAGUUCAUGAAACAUUUUAUAGCUCUCCUAAAGAUCCGUGCUUUAGGAAUUUCCUCUUUCUGUGUAUACUGAAGCAUUUUUUGGCUGAAUAAAGCUGGUGGGCUAGAUUGUGAGGUCCCCAUUCCCUGAAAUGACCUACUGUAGUAUGUAGCACAUGCAGCUGUGAACAUGUGACGAGGGAUAAGGGGAAAUCCCUGUGCACAGUCAUGACACAUACAGAGGUCUGGAUCAAACCCCAUAUCUAAACUUUUAUUUCUACAUGGAAUUACACAAUAUGGUUUGGAUAUAUACUAAGCUAUCACUUUGCUGAAGCUUAGCAGGUACACAUCUAGUCAUUGCCAGGAUAGGUGACUGCCUGGGAACCACAUGUAUGCCACCUUGGAUUCAAUGAUGGAAGGAAGGUGGGCUAUAAAUAUAAGAAAAUAAAAUGGGAUAUGUUGCAUUAAAUGUGCGAUUGAACUUGAAUGUCUUUAAAAAAGCCACAGGGAUCUCCAAACAGGGUGAAGACCAUUGGCAUGGGUUACCUUUAUUUUAAUAGAUUUUUGCUGCAUGAGGGAAGAUACUAUUGAUGUUCAUCUUCUGUUGUUAAGGAAUCUUGUUGACAGUGCAGACUGUUUCUAUUGAAGCUAUUGGAUUCAUACUAGGGUGUUGAUCAGUGUAAUAUAUGGUACAUAUACACAUAACCGUGUAUAACAAAGUUAGGGAAUUAAGUUCAAUUCAGUACUAACUUUCCACUUGGUAGUCCUUUUAGAUCUAGUUAUUUCUCUUCUUCCAUCCCUCAUUGCAAGCUACUCCACAAAAGAAAGGGGAAACAGAGUCUAAUGCUGUGGAUUGUUGCCUUGGUUGACUGAAUGUGCCUAUAAAGCAGCAUUUUAGACGGUCAUUUAGAGAAUUUUAUGAGAAACUAACAGCAAUGAUUACAUUGGCCAGUCAACAGUUGAUCAGGAUUUAUGAACUGAACUUAUUUCAGGUGUGUUCAUCUUGAGUUAAGCAUGAAAUUUCAUAAAAAACAGUUGUGGGCAUACAUACUCACAUAUGCGCAUACAUAUACAUUUUUUCUCCUCCAUUUAUUUCCAUCUGUAUCCAGAUUAUAAGGGCUGUGUUCACUCAGUCAGAAAUAAAACCAUAUGUGCCUUACAUGAACAAUCACAAAUGAGCAAGGUAGUUCAAAUGUCAAAAGACUUAAAGCAAUGAAAUUUGCAAAAGGUUUCUUGGAGUAUCUCAAAUAAUGAAUGAAAUGGAGAAAGUGAUUGGCUCAUAGAUAUUCCAUGAAGAGAAAGAGAUAUAAUUCAUCGGAUACAUUUCAUGUCACAAAUUAUUCACUCGGCUCUAAUAGCCACUGACAUUAAUUUAACAUUACCAGACGAAACAUCAUUCAUCAUGUGUAGUCAUUAUUCAACCCACUUUUCUGUUUUCUGAAAAAAUGCAGUAGGUAUUGACUCUGAUACUCCUUUCUUGUGGCUCUUCAGUUAAUGUCAAUUGUAGCUAGGCUCACAUAUAAAGAACCAGGUAUUGGCCUCUAGGGCCCAAGCCUGCUGGAAUUGCUUUGCUCAGCUCUCAAGUUGGAAAACAAUUGUAAAGUUGAUUGGUACAAUGCUGUCCUGUAAAAACCAACCCUCAAGAGGGUGGGCUGAUGUAGAUGCUCUCUAGAAUCCCCUUUGGGGAAGAUGAAGGAUUUGAUGCUGGGCUUCAAUGAUAACCAGUUGCUAGAGUAUUGAGGUCCUGGGCAUGUCACCUUUUUCCAUCUAGUCAUUCUUAUUGUGGUAUGUGGUCGUGCUGUAAACGUGUGUGAAGUUUUUAUUCACUGGCCCAUGUGCAGUGUGCCUCAAAAACCAGAAAGGGGCAGUAAUGUAGUAGCAGUUUGGUUAUGACAGUGAGGAAGGGGGGCUGGGGCAGUUUUUCAGGUCAUAUGCAGGAUAUGAUACUUUCAGUCUGCUUUUAAGAAGAAGCAGUGUCUUCUCCAUGUUGUCUCUUUUCUCCCAUGCUAUCUGGUUGUGAAUUCACUAACUGGAGUUAAUAGUACACUGCUGCACUUCCAAAGGCAUAAAAAGCACUGUAAUAGCAGUACAGAAACAAAUGGUGGUGAUGGGAGCUCAUAGGUAUCUUCUUCUUUAUCCUUCACUAGAGUGCACUUCCUUGGUGUCAACAAAUUCUCCUUCAUUUCUGUGUCUUCUCCAUGCAGGUCAUCAUCACUGCAGCUACAAUCACUUACUCUUAGGGAGCAUACAGCUGCCUGAACUAUAAUCUGCCUUCUCUCUGCACAUUCCCGAUGAACAUAAAUCUUCUCUCUGUUAUUUGUACCCACUGCAGUAACCACCUCCUCAACCUGGUCUUCCUCUUGGAUGGAAACAAGAGGAGCAGUAAAUCCUUAAUUUUGGAGGACUGUUGUUACCUUGAUGGGUGUUGGUGGCCUUUGUACACAAAGAGAGUGGAGGUGUCAUGAGGGCUGGACUUCUGUUAUUGGUAUCAGUGACUCAUAAGAGUUGGUGAAGGAUUUUGGGAUGACCUUGUGCUGCUUGAUGCCAACAGGUGGUCAUUCCAAGCUGCUUCUGCCCACUUAGCACUGCUGUAGAGCAGCCAGCACAUGUUAUAAAUGAGGAUGAGGUGAGGAUGCAGGGACUACCCCUGGUCUAAGCAAGCACAGAUUAUUCCUGAAGACAUUGUGGCAGCCCAAGGAAGUGGGGGGUGCUUGAAAGUAUUGGCCUUGGCAGAGUUGGCACUUGUUCCUGAGGAGGGUGAAGGCAUCCACCUUUACUGGCCAAGUGUUCCUAGCAUGACUGAUGAGGUUUGCUUAAAUGUAGACUCUUUGGUUGGUUUGGGUCUAUUCAGCUGAUACUGGUUGGGAACACUGAUACCACUAUUCACAGUGUAGCCUGGAGUCAUACCUUUUCUAUUGAAAAGGAUGGUUGCCAGUUUUUCAUAAAAAGGCAUCACCUUGGGUGGUGAGUAGUGACAUCCUUGAACAUCUUGAAGGCAUUAAUUUUCUCCUUGCACUGGGUGAUAAUAUAGUGGUAGGAGACUUCCGGGGUGGUGCCAUCGGUAAUGGCGGAUUCCCUCUGAUCUGGAGGGACCAGCUCCACGGGAAACGGGUCUUUUCCGCUACGGCGAAGCGGGGACCCUUUCAAAAAUCACAGGCGGAUGAAGCCUGUGACCAUGGGACUCGGCGGGCACCUUUAGCGCCCCCCCAACCCGCAAAGGAACCCACUAACGGGCUCCGGAGCGAAGAGGGGGAAGUGGCGCGGUGCUGAGAGUCAACUGCUUCUUCCGUGGAGCGAAGCCGCACAGCCGUUGCCGGAGAGCGCUGCCUUUUUCCUGGGACAAUUUGGCUUUUAAAACAAUCACCGUGAGUACUUAAAUUUCGGACAAUUGGACUCUAAAUAAGGAAUUGCGAGUAGAAAGGAAAAUUGGACUUAAAAGUUUAUUUCAAUUUGGUACUGAAAUGGGAAGGUCUAAACAGGAAGUCAGCCUUCCGUUUCUUUGUAGAUAGUUUAAAGCAAAGACAUGGCAAACUAGAGUUCAGAAAAUCGCUUGUAAAGGAUUAACUUUCACCAUUUAAAAUUGUUGAAUCCCCUUCGGAAGCAGGAGAAGAGGGGGUAUUUUUUUCGGACUGUUUAAACCUGCAGAAGUGAGUGUAAAGCAAAGUAACUUUCCACCGUCUUGAUCCUGGAGCGGGGUGUCAGGACUGACGUUUUUUGGAGCUCAUUGACCAGAGACAAACGUUUUUGACAGAUAGCUAAAAGAAGAGAAACAUAGUGAUUCCAUUGCUCCCUUUUGCAUUUUAAAGGAACAAAUAUUGACAAAAUAUCCGAAAAAGGAAACUUUGUUGUUAGAUCUGUCUUUAAAAGAAAAGAACGAAUAGAAGUUUUUCCCCUAGAGGGAGCCUGUGAAACUGUAACCAAUUCUGAAUCGGGAAGCUUGCAGCUGCUACAGAUUACGAUCGUGGGAAUAGACUUCUGACCUUGCAGGACAAUGUAUUCAGAAGCUCUGCUGUGUGCUCUCUGUAAAACAAGUGCCCUACUGGAACAGCUACAUGAGAAGACGGACUUGAUGACUGAUGCGAUCAGAAAUUUUGAACAGGCAGUGGGAAAUUAUAUGGAGCCCACCCAGGAAUCAAAUCAGGAGUGUGCCCUGACAGAACAGAUGAGGGAAGAGGAUGUUGCUGAACCUCGGGCGCCAGAGAUGGAGGGAGCUGCGGCCCAGCAGGAACAUGAGUUCUUGGAUUUGACAAAUGAACUUGGAAAAAGCCAGAUUUGGAAAGAUAAAGUUUGGCUUGGUUUGGAAAUGGGUGGUUGGUUAGACCCCCCCUACGCAGGGAUGUUUGGACUUUUCAAGUCUGGUAAUGGGCCGUGAGAUGUUUGGGGUUGUGGGGGCUCUUAAAUUUGGAGGGACUUUGAAACAUGUUCUUAAAUACCACAUGGAGUUUAGUGUGGACUAUGGAAAAGGGGCUGAUUUGUCGAGAAGGGUCAAAAACAUUGUUAAGCUGGAGUUCCCACGAGUGAAAGGAGCAGGAGACAAAGGAAAAUACAGCUAUAAAUAUGAAGAAGAGCCGCGGAAGGGACAUGGAAGGGACUUAAGGGCCUCGGAUAUAAGAUUACCAGGUUAAUGCGCUAGACUGAUGGGAUAGAGAGGACUGACAAAACCCGGGACCAGGAGGAAGAGACGCUGGAUGAAGAUUGGAUUGUUUUUUUGUUUUUUUUUAUUAGGAUUCUUUUAUAAAAUUGAUGAAUGUUAGAAAAAUGUUGGAACGAAAUUAUUUGGCUUUAGCAAAAAUAUUUAAAGAAUUAUGUAAGAAUAUUAUGGUUAUGAGAAAUUGGUAAAAAUAAGAUUUAAGUUUUAAGGUUUUUUUAUAGUAAGAUAAGAUUAAAAUAGAUUAAGGUAAUGUAAUGACAGAAUAUUAUGAAAUAUGGAAAGGAUUUGCUGCGACAAUUAACAACUAGGAUACAAAAAAAGGGAGGAGGAGGAGGUCAAAGAAAGAAGGUAAUGACAGUUAAGGAUUUGAGAAUAUUGGAUUUGUUUUUAAAUGUUUGUGGUAUAUUUUUUGAUUUUGAUUUUUAUUAAUUUGUAUUGUUUGAUGUGGUUUGUUUUUUUCUUUCUCUUUUUCUACUUUGUUUUCUUUUGUAAUUCUAAAAAAAAAAUUUCAAUAAAUAUCAUUAAAAAAAAGAAGAAGAUAAUAUAGUGGUAGGUUCACUGGUGCAUCUCCACAGAGAGCCAAGUAAAAAUAAUAUCUUUCUGAAACCAGUGUGAGAGUACCUCUCAUGUGAGAGUACAUGAGAUGGGAUCCACAGAUAUAUGCACACCACAGCCUCCUCAUCUGACCAGAAUUAAGUCUUUAAUCUCUGGGAGGCCAUCUGUUCAGAGUCAAACAACUACAUGUAUUAGGUAUCUUGUGAUUGCUCCUCAGUCAGGAAGGCAGUCUGUGUUAAAAACUAUUUGCAGCCCAUACUGUAGGGUCUUUGCUGUUGAUCAAACCAUCAUUUAGGUUGUGCAUUAUGCCAUAAAAUGGAUAACAUGGGAAGCAAUAUCUCAAAACCCCUAUUAUGAAGUCUGGCAAGCCCAUCUCUAGAAGCAUAUACCAAAUGCAAGUAACAACUCCAGGCCACCAAAGUCAGGGAAUAUUGUUCCUGGGUUUGUGAAAACAGAACUGAGGCUUCAGGGCACAAUGUGGAUUGCAAAUCAGGUGUUUGCACAGGAGGUGCUAAUUACCCUGCAGCCAUGAGUUGCAAAUUGCGGGCAAAGGUUUUUUGUGCCCCUCCAAGGAUUAGAUUUCUAUGCCAUAAGGAGUUUGAACUUUCUUAACCUUCCCAGUUUUACCUAUGUGAAUGCUUACUUUUAUCCCCAACAACUGUUCUGUGUGUGUGUGUGUGUGUGUGUGUGUGUGGUUGCUACAAGUUAAUAGGGUAGACUAGAGUAUCAUUAUGUACUGAUCAUUUCAGUUUGCUGCUUACAUCCCACUUUAGAUUUAGUAGGGAGUGCUGGGUUGUAGUCAUUUCAAACUUUCUGCUAUUGGACAGCAGCUACAAAACGAAGCUGUCUGCCUUGUGAAGAAUGGGGUGUAAUGGAGAAGUGGGAUGGGGAAAGAAGCCUGUUGCCAGGCAGAGUUAGGACCGGGUUCUUUGGACAAAGUGGCAGAGAGACCUGCUUCACCUUAAUAGUGGUCUUUUUUGGUACUUUUUUGCCAUUGUUUGGCAGGCAUCUGACUGCAGGGUGAGCAAACAAACCAUGCUGGGUUUGCCUGUAAUAAAAAACCAUAGUUUCAUAAGCCAACAACAAACAAUGGCUUAAGAUCUUGGUUUGUUGGUUAAACUAAACACACCUUAACUUACGUGUUGCGUGUGAACCAGGCCAAUGUGUGAUAACAACAUCUCUCUCUAAAAAUCUAUCAUUUGCCCGAUAAUGAAUGUUGGAAAUGUAAAGAAACCGAAGGUACAUUCUUUCACCUUUGGUGGACGUGCCCAAGGAUUAAGGCUUUCUGGGAGAUGAUCUAUAAUGAAUUGAAAAAAGUAUUUAAAUAUACCUUCUUGAAGAAACCAGAGGCCUUUCUCCUGGGCAUAGUCGGCCAAUUGGUGCUAAAGAAGGAUAGAACUUUUUUUAUGUAUGCCACAACAGCAGCAAGAAUACUCAUUGCAAAGUAUUGGAAGACACAAGACCUACCCACUCUGGAAGAAUGGCAGAUGAAGGUGAUUGACUAUAUGGAGCUGGCGGAAAUGACCGGCAGAAUCCGGGACCAGGGAGAAGAGUCGGUGGAAGAAGAUUGGAAGAAAUUUAAAGACUAUUUACAGAAAUAUUGUAAAAUUAAUGAAUGUUAGAAUGAUGUUGGAUAGAAAUUAAGUGGUUUUUAGCUGCAAUACCAUAAGGGAAUAUGAAAAAUGGAUUACUAACAGGUAAAAAUUUAAUGUUACAAUAUUUUAAGAUUAAAGAUUAGGAUAAACAAAGAGGGGAAGGAUUUGCUGAACCAACAAACUGAACUGGAAUACAAAAAAGGGAGGCGUGAGGAGGUCCGGGAAACAAGCUAAUGAAAAAUAAGUAAUGGAAAGAUUGAGUCGUUUUUAACUAUUUUUAUUUUGUAUUUUUCUUUUUUUUCUUUUUUUUGUAAUAUCUUGAAAAUCUUAAUAAAUAUCUUAUAAAAAAAACAAAACAACAACAUCUCUCUCUAACCACGCUUUGCCUGUCCUGAGGGAAACAACCAUGUAUUAAUGAUGGUAAAAUGUUUUCAAGUUUAAACAUUUGUCUGUUGGGAGAGAAGUCACUUCAUCCUAAGAUUAUAUUCUCUCCUGACUAAUCUGUGUCAGGUUGUUGUUGUUUUUAAAGGAUGCAUAAUUUGUUGUUUCAAGUAUGUUUAAAGUAUCACAGAUUUGUAUACAGAUUUGUGAUAGAACAAUGCUUUUGGUACAGGAUGCAAAGGACUUGUACAGUCCUACUUGCCUACCAUAGGUUGCUCCUUUGGUUAUAGCAACAUAUCAUGGCUUGCUAUGUAUUAGCUAAAGCAAGCAUAAGCAAAAGAAAGCAUAAGACUGAAUGUCCAGAGCCACAUUUUCAAAGAAAUUUCAGCCUCCAAAAUGAAAGGUGGAUUUUCAGAAAGCCAAGAAAGGAAAAGGUAAAUGUGAGCUAGGCUGUAGAAAACAUGAGCUAGGCUCAUGUUUUCCAUCUCGGUUUCAGAUAAAAGCUUGACUGAAAAUCUGACCCCAAGGAGGCACUCAUGUUACUGCGGCAAAGUCCACGAGCAUCUCCUCAGUAAACUUGUGUGUGCUGGUUGAUUUCCCAUCAAUCCAAUUAUAAAAUAAUCAAAACGGUACCUGCAGUUCACUAUUAAAACAAACCACUGAUUUAAUAGGCUGGACAUUAAUUUGCAGUAUCACUGCCAUCUAUUGGUCAUUCUGUUCUACUGGUACCACUUUUAUUGAGAUUGAACCAUGUGUUAAGUUAUUUAUUAAUACACAAUAUAUGUAUUAUACAAGUUGUUAAAUAUAAAAUGAGGCAAGUAGUUGCCUUCUAAGUGCUAUUUAUAUUUUAACAAGCUCCCAAAACCUGCCAACAUAAACAGGUUCUGUAAAACAAAGAUUAAGCUAAUAUUAUACUGGAUUUAAAUUACUGCCAUAAAUAUUAAUUAUUCUUGGUAACAAGUUAUCACUGUUCACUCUUCACUACACAGAGGAUACUAGAAUAAAUGACUUUGUUUCAUUAGUUUGUUGUGUCAGGGUUUUGUUUUUGUUUUAAUUCUCUUUGAAAUAUUUUGAGAAAACACUGACUGUCACAUAAAUAUUAAGGAUGAACUGACCUGAAUUAGUUCUUAAGUUGUAUUAUUUGUAUCAGUUUUAGAUAUGGAGCUUAACAGUUUUCAUAAGCAAAAAGUCAAUUUCCUGCUUACUAUGACUUACAAUAUAAAUUUUGACACAGGGAUGGGAACUAGUGGUUUAUACAGUUAAUUAAUUUUAGAGUCUGGGCUCAUGGUUAGUUAGAAGGAUGAAGCUAGAGUUUAGUGUUGACAGUUUGGAGUGAUGUGACCUAGAAGUAAAGCAGCAAGCUGCAGAGUCAAAGAGCAAUGUCUGGAUCCAAGGCUGCAGCUAUGGGAGAAACAAGAUGCUUUGGGGGUGUGAAUCUCUCCAUCAUAGCCUCAAGUUGUACUUUUGUGUAAAUAAACCAUAUACCAGAAAAACACCAAAGUUUUUGAGCUUUUUUUGGCAAAAUUGCAAGAACCCGAAGUUUUUGAGCUAUUUUAAAUGACAAUCACCAAAAACAACACUACGACAUGGGCUACCAUACAUCUGGAUUUUCGCAGACAUUUCAGCAAUUUCCGCCUGGACGCUGUUUACAAGGGCUGAAUACCGGCUAUGUCCAGGAAAUUUUGGACGUAUGGCAACUGUGCCUUAUCUCAAAAGGAAACACAAAUUCUAGAUAAGCACCUGAAACCUGUGGAAUAUCGCACCGCUUGGAGAUUGGGGUUGCAUGCAACAAUAUGUUGUGCCAAGUUGAAUUCACUGUAUUUGUAUUCACAAUAUUUAGUAUUGCUAUGCUCAGUGGCUAACACAAAUUGAUAAGCUGAACCAUGUGCAACCUUCAGUAUGCCCACAUAACUCAUUUAUGGGAGCCUACCUAGUUUUUCCAGGCUUAAAAUUCCAAACUUCAUAUCAGAAAUCAUUACUGGAAAAGUCACAGAAAGCUGACUUUAAUUUGCCAAGAGCUUAGUAAAGACAAUUCUGGAUAUAUCUGUUUAUAUGAGCAGUUUAUCACAGAUCGAACAUAGCGGAAAUUAUUUCAAAACAAAUGAAAUUCUGUCAUCUUUUGGUGUCCCAUUGAUCUGAGGACUGUCUUUUGUUUGAAUGCAACAGCUAGAAUAGCCACAUCACCAUAAUUAUUGGGAAUCCCAUGCUGUUUGCACAUGUAGAAUGGAAGAGGACUUACAGGAAUGCCACUUUAUCAGAAGAACAAAGACAUACCAGUAGAAGUUUUCGUGACAGUUUCUUACAAGAUAUUCCUGUUGGUGUAAGAAUCAUCAAGUCAUUAGACUGAAUGGUAUCAAUGGUGUAAUACAAACUCUUCUCCUUCAGCCUUAGCUACAGGCUAUCAAUUUCAUUUCAGACCUUCAGCAUUUAUUGAGCACACAGCCAUAAGCUGUCCCCUUGUACCAAAAUGCAAAUAUAAACUCUGCGUUCAUCAGAAAUGCCUCAAACAUCAUUGGAGAUUUCAGGAAAUGCUUUGUGAGUAGCAUCAGCCAAGUGCAACCACCAAACAGCAAAUGAAACUCUUCCCCCACAAGUAGGACUACAAGUGGCAUAUGGUUUAUUGAAUCAGAUAAAACAAAGAUAAUGCUGCUGCAGACAACAUUCUUGUUGAGUUUGUAUCUAAAUUGUGAAUAUUCUACUGAACCUUGUUUUUAAAAGAUAAUUUGAGAUUUUUUUAUAUAAUGUUAUGUUUCCCCCAUAAACUUACUGUCCUUCUGUGCUUGAGGUCUGGAAUAAACUACUAGCUAGCCUCUGUUGUAGUAAUGUGUGACUUAACACUGACCCCUAGUGACAGCCUGCAGAACUUAACACAAUGCAUACGCCAAUAUCCCAGAGGGAUAAGCUAUGUUAGUCUCUCACAGCAACAAUAAAGAAGAAUCUGAUGACACCCUAAAGACGAAUACAUUUAUUACGGCAUAAAUUGUUGUGGAUUACAGUUUACUUCAUCAGAUGCAUGACGUGGUAUCCUGAGUAGUAGGUAUCUGUUAUGGUUAGAGCAAAGUAAUAUAGUUGGAAGUAGUAGUAGUAGUAAAAUUUGCACACCACCCUUCAUCUGUAGAUCUCAGGGCAGUGCACAACAUAAAAAUAUAAAAACAAAAAAUACAUGAUAAAAACAAGAACAAAAAACCCACAAACCAAUAACACCCCACCCCUCCCACAAACACAUUUAAAAGCGGUAUAAGGUGUUAAGCAGCAGCAGCAGCAGCAGCCACAUACCAGCUGCUGUGGGACAUAUUUGCUCCUUGUCUUUGUACAAAAGAAUGCCAAGUUAUACUUUUGGCUUAAAACACUGGGCACAGAAUCCCUCCUUUAAUUUUGUAGGACUCUGAGAAUUGGGAGGUUCAAAAGACUAAAUUUUAAUUUUCAUUAAAGCUAGAAGAAAAAGACCCAUCAAGCUUCUAGAAGAUCCCACUAUUCUGACCCAACUAUGGUACAUCUCAUGUUCCCACAGGACCAUAUUCUUAUAGGUGGGACUACUGAAGAGUUGUGAAAAAGAAACAGUCUUAUAUCCUAACCCUAAGCCAUAUUUCCAAAUAUGCAGGAUCAGGACCUUGGAUCUUUAAAAUAUGAGUCCUCAUUGCAUCAGCAUGAGUAUGGGCAUCCUAAAAAUAGAGGAUGUAAUUGAGUGGUGGAGCACAUGUUCUGUAUGCAAAAGGUCUUACUGUAGGUUCAACACCUGCCAUCUCCACAUAGAACUGGGAAAUAUCCAUAUCCUAGAAAGCCUCUGCUGGCCAACGUAGGCAAAAUUCAUCUGAGAUGGACUACUGGUUCUUUUCAGAAUCAUGCCUUCUAAAGUCACUAUGACUCACAGACUUCUAAUGAGUCCACAUUAUAAGUGGAAAUUCUUCUCCGCCUCCAUUCAGGAAAGUAUUUCUUAUUUAAGGUAUAGCUGAACUUGUCUUUUAUUUGUUGUCAUUGGUUGGGUUAAGCGUGGAUCUGUGAAGACUUUUCAUUAUUUUCUGCUUCUUUUAAACUUCCAUGCCCUUGAAGAAUUGUAGUCUAGGGCAGGUGUUUUGCCUAAAGCUUAAGACUGACUGUGAAAUGGACCUUAGACUACAGAUUUUUCCUCCCUGUUCUUCCUACAAUCCAGAAAGGGGGUGGUGCUAGCAAGAACAAGGUUAAAGUCACUGUUUUGUCACUUUCUUUUAUUUUUAUGCUAAAUACUGUAUUUGCUUCUAAAUCCCAUUUAAUUUAUUUCCUGUGUUGGUCCUUUGGGAAUUUCCAACAGAUUGUAUCCAUCUUUCCAUAGACUGCCUAAUUACAUGGAUUAAUAUUUAACAUUGCAGUCCAAUGCACAUUUACUUGCAAGUAAAUCCCAAUGUGUUCAGUGGGACUUAUUCCCUAGUUAAGGUAUACAGUUGUACCUUUUUAGAAGAAACAUCAGGAUCUUUUAACCAGAUCCAGAAUCCAGAAAUGUUUUGUCUUAUAGCCUGGCCUUAGGCCUUCAGAAUACCCUGAAUAAAAUAUUAGUAUUCAGUGAUUCAUACUAUUAUGGUGGCUGCAUGUUAAAUUUUAUCCUUGCCCCCAAGAUUCAUUUGGAUUCUGUAGGCAGUGAUUCAGGAGAUAAAUUAUUGUAGGGUGUAAAAUGAAGCAUUUAAUCAUGAACUUACAAUAAAAUGAUCGCACAGUAGAAUAAAAAUGCUAGCUAUCAAAACUUAAUCACUGAGCUUAAUAUGAAAGGGAAAUAAUUUUCUAAAUGUUUACAAGGAGAUAAGUAAUUAUGCAACCUUUAGAAGACAUCUGAAGGCAGCCCUGUGUAGGGAAGUUUUUAAUUUUUGAUGUUUUAUUGUGUUUUAGAGUAGCUGGGGCGACCCAGUCCGAUGGGCAGGGUACAAAUAAUAAAGUUGUUGUUGUUGUUGUUGUUGUUACUACUACUAUUACAUGCCAUCAAAAGCAUUUAUAAAAGUAAGCACAGAUAUUAAAUUGUUCAUAACUGAGGCAUUUCUGUUGACAGGAGGGAUUGAUUCUCACAUACCAUAUUGUAUGCACAGUGCAUUCUUCUGCUUGAGAUUCUUUAGCUGGAACCAUGUUUCUCAGGGACUGGUCUGAAUGAAGGACAUGUGGGGUAAUUCAGCUGUUGAAGCUAAGCGGGCCUGACUCUCUAAGCUUGGAAAUCUAAUUCUGAACUCCUUUGAGUUAGAGUCAGAUAAAAGUGUUAUAGGUAAAUUUAACAAAUUUACUUGAUUUGAAAUGGGGGAAUAUUAAUAGCUACCUUGGACCAGUGACACUUUUUUCCUUUGAUGGAUGAAGAUUAAAAUUUCAUUAACAAAGCAAACCUAAAAUGGAGAAACUGCUACUUCUUAAGCUCUGAUGGUUCACAGUGGCCAGGGCAGAAGUUGCAGAAGUUUCCACACACACCAACUGGGUCUUCUAAUACCUCCCAAUUGAGAAAAUAAGAUCCAGAGCUGGUGUGCUUUUUGCCCCUUUCAGGGUCAUGUCAGAGGAACAAGGGGGCUUUGAAUUCAGUACAUCUGAGUCUUGCCCUGAUCCAUCCCCAGUAUGCCCUCUUUAUGGCCUACUGCCUUUGAAGCACCACCAGCCAGUAGAGUAACAGCUGUUGCACUGCAGAGGUCUCUGCCUGUGAACCUUCCCUCUUCACCCACAGAAAGUGAAACAUCCUAUGGCGGCUCAGCCACCCACCCAGGAAGUAUAGGAUUGCUCCCUUAAGCUUAGGAUAGAAUUGUGCCCUAUGGCUCCAAUCCAUUGUGCUCAGUAACCCUUAAAGGUAAAGGUAAAGGGACCCCUGACCCUUAGGUCCAGUUGUAGCCGACUCUGGGGUUGCGGCACUCAUCUCGCUUUAUUGGCCGAGGGAGCUGGCGUACAGCUUCCGGGUCAUGUGGCCAGUAUGAAUAAGCUGCUUCUGGCGAACCAGAGCAGCGCACGGAAACACCGUUUACCUUCCUGCCGGAGCGGUACCUAUUUAUCUACUUGCACUUUCACGUGCUUUCGAACUGCUAGGUUGGCAGGAGUAGGGACUGAGCAACAGGAGCUCACCCUGUCACAGGGAUUCAAACCGCUGACCUUCCGAUCGGCAAGUCCUAGGCUCUGUGGUUUAACCCACAGCGCCACCCACGUCCCUCAGUGACCCUUACCUCUGACUAAAAAUUACCAGGCCCUCCCUGUAAGACUGUAGUCCUAAACACACUUUCUACGGCUUAAUUCAGAGUAAACAUGUAGAGGUUGGUGCCUAACAGCAAGGAUAUAAAUAGCAGAGCACAUGGACAACUGAGAUUUCCAUCUGUAUAUUUCCUGUGCUAACACUUCUGCCAAGUUUUGUUUAACAAACAGAUGAGCCUACUAUAAAAUGAUACUCAGUUGGGCAUAUGGCGUAUGUUCUUUACAAAAAUAAUAAUAUGCAUGCAUGCAUGCAAAAAGAAUUCCUCUGCUUAGAUUGCACUACUGACAGGUAAGUUCAGGCUGAAGAAAGGGUAGGAUUAGAAAUGGAAAUGGCACAUCCUGUGUACACUUACUUGAGCUCGAUUGGACAUCUAAGGAAAUGUGUGUAUGUGCUGUAAAUGUUUCAGCCUCAAUACACAUGAGCAUCUGUGCUGGUUUUUGAAUGUUAGCAUAAGCAAUUGAUAUGGCUUAUAAAGGGAUACGUUGAGGAUGCUUAAAAAUUCCUCAUCUUAAAAAUUAAAAUAGCAUUGGGGAUGUCCCCUUUUUAUCCCCUUUUCUAGUGCAGUGGCGGAAGCGGAUGGUAUUGAGCCACUGAUCAACCUUCUGAGUUCUAAGAGAGAUGGGGUCGUUGCAAGUGCUGCUACUGUUCUCACCAACCUGGCCACCCAGGAGCCUCUGCGUCUCAGCAUCCAGAGCCAUGGUAUUAUGACGGCAGUUGUAGAACCACUGCAUUCCACCAACAGCAUAGUGCAAAGCCGAGCAGCUCUUACCGUCGCUGCAGUUGGUUGUGAUGCUGAUGCCAGGACUGAGGUGAGGUACAUGCAAUGCAGCAUCUGCUUUGAAAAUCGUGAUGAGGGGGGGGGGGAACUCUGGUAUCUUUUGUUUUGUGCGGCUUUCUUGAAUCAGUGCAUUUAUUAUGCUUCCUAGAAAAGAUCUAGUUUGUGGUUCUUAUAUAAAAAGUAGGAACCAAGUAUGUGCUGUCUUUGUUACAGUAUAUAAAAUUUGUGCAGGGAAAUUUUACCAUGGUGCACUAUGCAAGUUUGGGGGUGGGGUAUGAAUGAAGCAAACUAGAGGUGGGGUAAUAGCUUCAUAUUGAAGCAUAUGCUUUUGUAUACAGAAGAUCCCAUGUUCAAUCUCUGGUUUCUUCAUUUGAGGGAUAUCAAUGGAGCCUCAACAGGGACUGGUGUUUUAUUGCAAGUGUAUUCUUCAGCAUGCUCUUGACACAAUUAAUACAGUACUGGUGGUGGAUUUAUUCUGCUUCAGUUUGUUCUGAGAAGCAAACACAGUGCAAACAUAACCUUCAUUUUUCAGCCUAGAGUGUUGCCAAGUGCUGACAAUAUUCCUACUUGAAUGAAUGUAUCCUUUGACAAGCAAGCAAUAUAUCUUUAUUUCUUUUUUAGUUACGGAAUUCAGGAGGGCUUGAGCCUCUUAUUAAGCUCCUAUAUUCUAAACAUGAUGAAGUCCGAAGAAAUGCCUGUUGGGCUGUUAUGGUUUGUGCAGCUGAUGAUCCAACCGCUGCUGCAAUGACCAGGCUAGGGUGAGUAGUAGGAAUCCCAAAGUGACUGUUAAUGGUGACUGCAGAACUUGUAAUCAAGAAUUUACAUGUGUGUGUAAUGCUCCUGUUCAGGGUUCUAGUCAGCUGGCCAUGCCCUUCUUCAGGAUACUCCAUUACAUUCUCACUUCCCUUAGUUUACAUUUCCCUACCAACAACCAGCAUUAUGUGCCUGAACAUGCUCAGUCUUAAUGGCUUUUCAUUAUGCCUGCAUAUCCCCCCUCUUUCACACCCACAGAAGUUUUUUUCUCCUGAAUACUUUUUUUUACUUCUACAAACAUUGGCAGUUUUGCAAGCCUCCUGAUAACCACCUCCAUGUGUACAGGUAAUGCUGUUUUGACUACAUAAGGAUGCCUGCUCUGAGAAUUUCACUAUUGUACAUAGAGAUGUAUUUUUAAUUUCUUAAAUUUUGAUUGAGAUAAAUUAUUUCACAGCUUAUUCAGGCACAGUUUUGCACCACUGUAACUGUUAUACAGUGGUCUUACUAUACAGAGAACUAGAAAAGACUUAGUUCUACUAUACAGAGAACUAAAACAGACAUAACUGAUUGCAGAAUGAGUCUCUUUGCCAUAACAGAUCAGGCUAGAUCAGAUCAGAUAUUAAUAGGCAUUAUAUUAUAGUAGAAUAAGAUUUUUUUUAAUGGGUUAGAGUACAAAGAACCCUUUUUAUUGUGUACUUCUGUUUCUGGAACAGUGCUUUAGAUAUCCUUGAAGAAAUUAACCUGUCCAUUGGGCGCAAAAACAACUUCAGUGAUGCAGCUUUGGAUAAAAUACUUGAUCACAACCUUCCACAGAAAUAUAGCCAAAUGGGUUUUUUAACAUCCAGCAACAUAAUAACAGAUGGGUUCUAUGACUUUGGACAGGUAAGUUUACUUUAAGUAUGUUAAAAUCUUCAGAGGGCUACUGCCCGUCUUCUUGCUCUAUUUAUAAACCCUGUGUAUGAAUAAUGCCCCAAAUAAUUUGCGAGCUAAGACUUCGCAUACAUGAAACAACCCAUCAUACUUCCAUUAGCUGAUGGGCUGGCAAGUUCCAAUGCAGUGAGGCAUAAAAAAUGACAACUACCCAGCUUCAAUUGCAGCCAAUUGCAGCUCAAAUGGCAGCACAGGGUGUAGGGAGGGGAUGCAUGAGGCAGUCAGUCUUGGUUGGCAGUAUGCUGAGAAACACCCACUCCAGGGCUGAUACGCAUUCUAGUUCUGACCUUGGUGGGCCUUUGGAUUCUAUUAAAAUAUAAAUUAGAGCUUACAAACCCUAAAGUCCGCUAUGCCUGCUCCAGUCAGGGUCGUACCUAGGGGUUUGUUAGGUUGGCCCCCUCUGACUUGGAGUGGCUAGGAGCCCGUCUGUCUGCACACUCCCUGAGCCAAUCCUCUGCUGCUUUGAGGGGCAGCCGGGCAAGAUUUACCGUUUUGGUGGCUCACCUAGAGACAGUCAAGUUUCCUUGAAACCUACAUUGACUUACAUCUUGUGCUUCAUUCUAAUCUUCCUACAUAGGUAAAACCAGGUGUAAAACUACUGUCACUGGAAGAACUCAGUGCUCAGCAGCUUAAUGAUCGCCGUGCUAUAAUCUUAGUAAAUUCUAAAACACCAGAACUGUGAGUCUGUUAAACACUACUCUGACCUGUAUUGCAUAGUACAUGAGAUUGAGGACUCUGCAAAAAAGAUUUCUGGGAGAUGUUUGCGGGGGGUGGGGUUGUAGGGAGGGGAAAUCAGCAAACAUCUCCUUCCUUCCUCUUCCAUUAGCAAACCUAUCUAGAUCAAGAGCCUUUGCACUCACAGAAGGCUACCAACUAUCUACAAUUUGUGGAUAAUUUUGUUUUUAUCACUUUUAAUUAUGCUAGGAAUUUAGGAAGCUGUCACAUCACAUUUUAGUCAAAGCGUUGUUGUGCAUUGGGUUUUUUUAAAACAACUUUCUCAACACCUGCAGUUUAAGUUGAAGCCAUCUUGCAAACAAAAGAAAACAUCCAAGGAAAGACUGAAAACAGGAAUACAUAGAAGUGGAAAAGAUAAGAAAGAAAACACACAACCCAAAAAGGAAAAAAAGUGAAUAGAAUGGCAGGGAUACUGUCUAAAAGACCAUGAAAAGAAAGGAAUGCCUCUAGUUGCAUCCCUCUUUGAAGGUUACACACAUCCUCAGUCCAGUCCCAUGUACUUCAACAGGCUUUUUCCUGCUGACACCCCACCUAGACUAUUCUUAGGAUAGGGGUUUGCUAGCCUGUGUGCUGGAGCUGACUGCCAAGAAUAUUUUUGUAACCCCCAAUAAUUUUUCUUUUAAAAACAAAACAAAAAAUCUCUUCUCUUGAGGGGUCCCCCAGGUGACACCCCCGCAUUUGUUCAGCAACCCAAAAAUUGGGUGCCUCUAACUUGAUUUACUUUGAAAGAUGCUUCUUCUCCUUCUAUCUCAGCACCACUCCCUCUUUCCUGUGCUCUGGGGCCUUCUUGAAACAGCAACUGUUGCAAAUAGGACUUAGAGCUCAGGAAGGAAUACGCCUUCAUUUUUCGUGACCACUUACUUCUCCUCUCCCCACCCAGACACCAGCUGGUGCCAGUAGCCAAGUCCCCUCCAUGGCAGGGGCUCAUGGGGUGCUAGCGCUAGGCUGAGGACGCAGAGGGGAGGGGAGGAAGGAGGGUGCCCCGGGACAGAGGGCGGCGUCUUACAUGUGCUCUCACAUGACAGUGAUGGAGCAGGCUGGGGAGGAUCAGCAUAAUCCAUUUUUUGGGCAGGGCUCCCCAAAAUAUUUUGGGGGAGGCUGAAAGGAUCUGGGCUCCUUAGAAUUGGCACUUUGAAGGGGGCCAUCUAAAUGUAGUGUGCAUACUUGACUGCCUAUCUGUGAGAUGUGUGUGUGGUCUGUACAUGUGCUGUAAAUAUGGCGAGGGUUUGUGUGCACAUGCACAUCUGUGUAAAGGAGUGGCUGUUGACCAUUUUGGCCAAAUCUACAGCAGGAGUGUGGCCCAUUGAUUGAAAAAGGAUAGGCAUCCCUGUCUUCAGGCAUGCUCCUUUGCUCCCCGUGUGAUAUGUACUUCUACUUUUUUGUACAGAUUACAUUUUAUUCUGUUAUGUGGGCAAAAUACUUAUUUGUCUGAUAUUAUGGUGUGCAGCAACAGCAUAGCAUCCUUUAUUGUUCCAGUGAACUCACAGCUCCUCCUGUUGCAACAGAUGAAAAAUCACCACAAGAUUUUCUUAGCAGCCGAGUUACAACCUCCAGCAGUAGUACUAACAGAAAAAUUAGUAGAGAAAGAGCUAGGUAUGUAUUUGAGCUUUGGAAUCACAGUUUCCCUCUGGGUGUAAUUCUAAACUUGAUGAAAACUGUUCUGAAUUAGGUGAAAAUGAGUAUGUUUAGACCAACCAAAUAUGCAUCUCCCUGGUCAGCAUUUGAAACCAGAAUGAGGAAGUAAAAUUUGAAAAUUCAUUCAAUUCAUUCAUUCAUUGCAUUUAUAUACCACCUUCCUGCCAAGGCAUGCAGGGCAGUCUGCAGUUUUAAAGGACUGAAACUAAUCAUACAAUAUCUAAACACCAUUUAUCCAAAAUCUGUGCUAAGCAGAGGAAACCCUUAUAAAUUGCAUGCAACAGUAUAAGCGAGAUCUACCAACCCAAAUGUAAUAAGGACAAAAUAUAUAUGACAUCCAACCCCCCAGUAAAUAUUUCACAAUCCCUGUGGCUCCCUUCAUGCAUUCUUGAUUCCGCAGAUACAGUCCUUCUGAUUUCCCGCAUCUAAUGUAAUCGCUUAAGACAACUGCACAACAUGAUUUAUAUACAAUAAUACACAUUAUAAUGAAAGAAGUGUGAAAUAACAAUGCCAUCAACAGUCAUGUAUAUUUUCCCCAAUGCAGAUCUGCAUUCAAGCAUGAAAAACUUUAUCUCUGUUCCUUGUUGCCAGUAACAUCUGGUUUUGAUUGCUACUGACUAUAUGCUUUUCUCUGGUGUAAAAAGCCAGUCUUCUAAUUUUUAUAUUUGGUUUAAAAUGUCCAGUGAAUUAUUAGGGUUGGAUCCAAUCUAAGGUCACAAUCCCAGAUCUGUGGCUUUCUAGAUAACAAUGGACUCCAACUCCCAUUAGCCGUAGCAAGCAUGGUCAACGGUUAGGGAUGAUGGAAGUUGUAGGUCACCAACCCUAGAAGGGCCACAGGUUCCAUACUCUCUUACCUGGAAAUAAAUCCCAUUGAACUUAGUGAAGUUUACUACUGAGCAGACAUGUAUAAUGUUGCACUGUUUUUGUAUAAUGUUGCAAUGUGAUAGCUCCCAUUUAAAUCAAUGAACUUGUUCAUCAUUAAUAACUUUUUAUACUGAUUUCAGUAGGACCUAAGUGCAACUAAAUUAGUCUGGUUCCAGUUCAUUGUAAAUAAGUAUUUAUUCUGCUAUUGUAAUUGGUAAUAAGUUAAUGCUUUUUCUGUUUUUGUUUAUUUGCUUGCUUGCUUCCUUGCUUGGUAUUUAAGAAAUGGGGGGGGGGGGAUAAGGUUAAAUGCAGGGAAGAAGCAUUUUAUUAACCAGCAUGCUAAUUUAUCAGCAGCUAGCCACCUUGAAUGCAUUCCUUAUGAAGGUGCUACCAGUAGCAGAGCCUCAUGCUCCAGCACCGGGGGGCGGGGCAGACUGCCCCUGGUGAGCAGGCGGGGACGGGGCUGCCGUGCGUCCCAGGGGUAUGGCUUGCAUCCUGGGGGAGUGGCGCGCUGCCUGUGGGGGCGUGGCGCCCAGCGCAGGCAGGGAACAGCCGCGAUGGCACCCCACUGGGAUCGCGCUGCGGGGGGGUGCACUCCCCCCACCCCCUUUCCUCCACCAGUGGGCGCUACUCUCCAUUUUCAGUCUCUUUGUUAGUAUUAGUGUUAGUGUUCCACAAUGAACCAUAUACUUUUUAUUUUGCCUUUGGUUUUGUCUGAGGAUAACCUGGAGGUUUUUAACAUCACUGCCACUGCCACUGCCCUCUAUGCAAUGUGUGCACAACACCCUAAGAAUGCCUAUGCCUUGUACAAGUCAAGGAGAAAUGGGAAAUUACUUUGUAAUUUCUAUAGCUCAAUCGAGGAGAAGGAGAAGCCAGAAUCUCCAGGACGGUCUUUUUCGGUCAGUAAAGGAGGUGGUAGAGAGAAAGGAUCGAGGUACUUUUAUUCUUAUUAAGAGCUUCUUCUUAUUCUUAUUAAGUAUAGAAGCUUGAGACUAUAAUUAUUGUUGCAAUUAUUAUUAUUAUUACUAUUAUUAUUAUUAUUAUUACUAUUAUUAUUACUAUUACUACUAUUUAGUUAUCCUACAGCACAAUCCAUAUACAUGGUGCUUUAUAAAGAUUAUACCCCAAGGGGCUUCCAAUCUAAAAAAAGACAAAGGGAAGGGGAGAGAAAUGGAGCCAAGGGAUAAGCACGGGUAAAAUAUAUGAUUACACAUAAUAAAAACAAGUUUCUACAACCACUCAGAAAUCCAGGCAGUUGUUUCAGAUUCUUCCAAAUACAUAUUCCAUAUGUACUAAUUUUGUUUUUAUUCUAAGAUACCAUAUUGGUUGAUUUUAGCACAUGUUAGACUGGCAGGGUGGGCUAACAGCACUGUAUAAAAAGCCUUUGCUGUCUAUGUCCCUAGCACUUGAGGUCAUGGUGUAUCCUUUACUGGGGAUCGCAGUUGCAUAGAAAGCAGAGCAUUCCCAAAGUUUAUAUAGGAUUAAGUCCUCAUUUUAGCUAGAAGUAGGUAAUCCUCCCCAAGCAAGAUUCAGACACUAACAGUGCAAUCCUAUUGAUGACCACUCAGAGAAGUAAGUUAACAAAAUGUCAAUGACACUUGCUAUCAAGUAAGCGUGUCUAGGGUUGCAGCAUAAAUCUAGGAGGAAGGAUGAAUGCAGGCUGUGCAGAGAAACAGAUCUAUGUUUGUGUUUGGUGGCUUUAGAGUAGCUUUCUUUGUGUCAACCCAGCAAAACAGCUUUAUUGAUUUUUUUGUUGUUGUUCCACUGCUGUUUGAUUUGUUUUUAUUUUAGGUUGCUUUGGGUUUUUUGCUUCCUUUUAAGUUUCCUGCUUUUUAAAAGGAAAGCCGUUGGAUUCAUGGAAGUAUUGUUUUUAAAACAUCAAUGUCUAUACAGGACCCAAUUCAGCUCCUUUAUAGUUAUGCUUAUGCAGCUGACUCCACCAGUUAAAACCUCAUAUUCUAAUUUCCAAAAUGUUAGCAUUUCCCAACAGGCAGGGUAUCCAUCACAAAUGAAUUUUGGUCAAAUUCUGGGUCAGAUGUGAAGGCUGCUUCCACAAUGGACACGAUGCACACAUUUCGUCCCCAGUGUGAUCUUUCGGAAAUGUAUGAAAGUGGUUGAACAGAGUGUGUAACAGCUGUUUUGAAUUAUGAUACCGAUAAUACAGCUAUCACAGGAGCAAUUCACACAGUAUUUCUCCCGAUUAUUGAGGUCCCACAUUUUCCACUCGUCUGUCAACAAUAUAUGCAGAUGGUUAAAACCAUACCUGGCCACACUUGUGCUCAUGAUCACACAGAAUAACAAACAUGUGACUCAUAGGAUAAAUGGAAACAGCUGGCAGCAAUUUUUGUUAAUUUGGUUACAGUUUUUCCGGGUCCCUUUAAUCCCAGGAACUGCAGUUAGUGGCUCUAUCCACCUAUCACCCAGCUAACAGAGAUCUUUCCGCAUCUUGUUCUAAAGAUGGCUUGAGACUACUUGCAUAUUUGGUGGGUUCAUGUUUGCUAGUUUCUGCAAACAGACUCUUUAAUUCUUUAAUUUUUAACAGAUGCCUUUUCUACCCACAGGCCUUCAAAGCAGCUAACAAAUUGUUUAAAACCCAUAAAAAUACACAGCAGUAAAUUAAUUAAAUUAAUAAACCGAAUACAGCAGCCCAUCAAAUAUAAAAAGACAGUAGCAAGUAAAAAUAAACUAUCAAAGCCAGAGCUCAGAUGAAAUAAAAUAUUGUCUUAAGUCUGCCUUAAAGCAUCCUGGAUUAUUUAAGCAAAAAGGCUAACACUAGCUGAUCUCAGCUUCCCUUUUAAGCCGCAAAGGGAAGGCAUUCUUCUGAACUCACAAAUGUGAGAAAGAAAGGAUAAUAUCUAAUAAAGAUAUUCUCCUAGCAUCUAAUCACAUACGAACAGUAACUGCAUGCUGGAAAGCCUGUUUUGUGGAGGUAAUGCAAACCUCAGGUGACAAGGAUUUCCACAGUCUUGGUGUCUCUGGUGACAUGAUACUGCCCUGUGCUAGUGCCAUCCUAGUACCGUCAGUAGUAGGAUGCAAAAUAGGGCCCUAUCUAUACUUAGAAAGUAGACAGGUUCAUAUGGGAAAAGGCCAAUCAAGAAAAUAACAUAGGAUCUUAGCCGUUUUGCGGUGGUGGUGGUGGUGGAAUGGCUUUCUAGAAAAGGGCGAUGGUGGGGGGCCUAGGUAAAGGUAAAGGGACCCCUGACUGUUAGGUCCAGUCAUGGCCGACUCUGGGGUUGCGGCGCUCAUCUCACUUUAUUGGCCGAGGGAGCUUCCGGGUCAUGUGGCCAACAUGACUAAGGCGCUUCUGGCGAACCAGAGCAGCGCAUGGAAACGCCGUUUACCUUCCCGCCAGAGUGGUACCUAUUUAUCUACUUGUACUUUGACGUGCUUUCGAACUGCUAGGUUGGCAGGAGCUGGGACCAAACAACGGGAGCUCACCCCGUUGCGGGGAUUCGAACCGCCGACCUUCUGAUUGGCAUGCCCUAGGCUCUAUGGUUUAGACCACAGCGCCACCUGCGUCCCCAGGGGCCUUUGUGGGAGCACACAAAAAGGCACGUCCAUUUGAACAUAAGGCUAGGUGUUGUGUCAUUGGAAAGAGGCAGGGAAUUCUAAUCUAAUGGUGAUUAAAGCAUCUUGGGGAGAGAGAGAAUAUCUCUUUCUUUCCUCUAAGCUGACAUACCUAUUUACUUUCACUUAAAUCAGAGCAUGUGGGAAGCAUUCCUAAUACCCCUGUGCUUUUUGCAAAAGAAAAGGGAAAGGGAAAAAGGAAGAAGAAAAACCCAAAGAAGAAGAACCGGAGCCAGUGAUGCCUAAAAUAGUCGAAGAAGUUCCUCUAAAGGCCUUAUGGUAUCCCCCUGUUGAUUCCAUCUUGGUGGAUUACAUUACUGAGGUUUCCAAAACAAUUCUCCCACUACCAACCACGAAAGAACAGGUUGUAGCCCUUGCGCAGUGAGUACCAGGACAAUGUCUUUUCUGUGAAUUCAAAGUAAAUAUUUUAAGGGAUUGAUUUAGAAAUCUACUGAAUAUAGUCCCCAUUUUGACCUCCUUUCCUUUACCAACCCUUCAGAGAGUUCGUCUCUGUUUAUUCAGUAUUGUGGGUCCUUUUGGUCACACAUUGUCUGCAGAACAGACUUAAACAGCUUUCAAUUUCAUGUAAUUGAAAGGUAAAAUAGGACUGACAAAUAAUAAAAGGAAUAGUCUUUUAAAAGCCUAAACAAUACAAAGGUGCUUUUUUUAAAAAAAAGUUCCAACAUUCAGGAAGGGUUUUAAAGGUUGAAAAUACAAAUGUAUUUUUAUGGCUUUCCUGGAAAUUGACACAGCCCAAAAUUGACACAGCUGAGGGAGUUUCAACACUGAGGCAUCACUUCAUGAAAGACUGAACUCCUUGUAGUGCCAGUUAAUCUCCAGUUGUGACAGCUUGUGGAGCAAGAACUUUCCCAGAGCUUCUGAGGUAGCAAGCUGGUUUAUAUGGGAACAGAUACCCUUAUUUAUAUCUGUACUGUAGAUGAUUUUUUCUUCCUCAUACUUAUUUUUUAUUAUUUAAAAGGAUCUAAGCGCUGUAGGAAAAAAGAUCAGCUCCUACUCACAAGCCUUGAGAGAUCACGUAGAGUCAGCAAAGCAGAUAAGAACUGGAAGGGGAAUGUGUGCAUCUUUGAAAGUUAUUGAGAUGGAUAAUGUAAUAUAACAUAUUUAAACACCAGUUAACAGUGCUAGUAUUAAACCUGAUUAAAUAUUGUGACAAUUGUUAAUGUAAGUCACUAUUGGAUUUUAAAACAGGUUUGUUGCAGAAAAGAUGGGCGGUCCAAUCGAAACAGACAAAUUGCAUGAAUUCAGCUGGGAACUUCAUAUAAGUGAAAUUGAAUAUGAACUGAAAUGCAAUGUUGUGCCUAUUGGGAAGAUCAACAAAGGAACCUUCUACCAUAGGGCCUUGCUUUUCAAGGUAAAGUCAAUUACUCAGCCAGAUACAAGUUUCAUUUUAAUAGCACACAGCAUAUGCUAAUGUAUAUCAACUUCAAUGUAUCCUUGCUGUAGUGUUAUUCAAACCUUAUUUAUUUGUGUACUUAAGUCAUUUUGUGUUUGGUUAGUAUUGAUUUCUCAUCAAGCAAAGACACACAGUCCUAUUCUGUAAACACCAUUUAAAAUCAUUGGGAGAGAAGUGUGAGUGAUGUUAAUACAUUGCUUUAUUAAAAGCAAAAUAAUACAAAUGACCAUGUUGAUGACUGGUGCAGUGCUGUGAGUUAUCAUCUCAGCUAUAUAUUACUGCAAUAUGUUAUAUGUAGGGCUGCCUCUGAAGAUAGUUCGGAAUUCAGCAGCCAGGUUGCUCACUGGGGCAAGGUUUGAGCAUAUAAUGCCAAUUUUGGCCCAACCACAUUGGCUGCAGUCAAUUAGUUUCUGUCUGGGCCCAAGUCAAAUUGCUGCUUUUCACCUAUAAAGCCUUAAAUGGCUCAGGACUGCAAUACCUCAAGGACCACCUCUCCCCAUAUGAACUGACCUAGAUGUACCCUGCAAUCAUCAUCUGAGGCCCUUCUUUAUGUGCCACCUCUAUGAUAGGUCCAGAGGGUGGCAACAAAAGAACAGGCCUUUUCUGUGGUGGCUCGCUGUUUGUGGAAUACUUUCCCGAGGGAGGCUCACCUGGCACAUUCAUUAUAUAUCUUUAGGCACCAGGCAAAAACAUUUUUCUUUGGCCAGGCCUCUGGCUAAUUAAACAAUCUAUGGCCUUUUAGGCUGUGGAAGGUUAUUGUUUUGUUUGUAAUUAUGUUAAGUAUUUCUGUGUUUUUAUACUGUAAACCGCCCUGUGAUCCUGGGAUGAAAGGUGGUAUGGUAUAUUAUUGUUGUUGUUGUUGUUGUUGUUGUUGUUGUUGUUAUUUCACUGAUAAGCUAGACACUAUUUCUUGCCUUUAUACCCCUCUUUGCAGCAUGGACAUAACAGUACAAACCUACCUUACUGGGUUAUUGUGAGGGUAGUUUCUGUGAAGUAUUUUGAGCAUUUAGGAAAAGCACAAGAUAAAUAUUAAAUAUUUAAAAGGCUAUUUUUCCUCCAAGGGAUAAUUCUCUCUAACAGCAAACUUAAUGGUCUUGUGCUUGGGCAGUGAAAUGGCAACUCCCACAGGCAAACACAAUACAGUAUUGAAUGAUUUCUAUUCAGGAUGGAAAAUGCAUGGUACAAUCUUUCUGCUCAAUCAUUUUCCUCCUGCUUAUUUUCCUCUUCUCUCCAUGUACAGUUUCCCUUUUGUAGCAUGUCUUUCAAAUGGUAAAGCACUAUUUUAAACUGCAAGCCCUUCAGUGCAGUGACCAAAAAGCAGUAUGUCAAUGUAAUAAAAAUAAAGUAAAAUAUAUCUCUCAUCUGGUUACUUCCUCCCAUAGGUUCUAGCAGACAGAAUUGGUGUUAGCUGCAGCUUAGUCCGUGGAGAGUACACCAGAGCAUGGAAUGAAGUGAAAUUGGUUGAUGAUUCUCCCUUGGGAAUACCUGGACUUCUGCUUCCCCCUCAAGUAUAUAUUGUAGAUCUCAUGUACCAGCCAGGCAAUCUAAUGAAAGAAGGCAGUCCAGAGGCAGAUCGCUAUGGACGUAUUUAAUUAUAUUUCCAGAGCUCUUUGAAACCAAAAGCUGCUUGUUCGUAAAGCUAAUUAACACAGAGAGGUUUGUAGGGCUCAUUUUCAAAGAUGGGCUGGGUGCCAGCUGCAGCACCUUUACAUGUACUGAUGAAUCUAGAUAGGCGAGCUGGGUCUUUUGUUUUACUACAUGGAGAUUCUGUCUUAAAAAAAUAUUUGGGGAGCGCACAGAAUUUCAGUAGAAGUUUUGCUUAUAUUUUAAUCAUAUUUUAUUUAUAUUAGUCUUUUGGAAUAAAAUGCAGAUACCAG